GAGGGGCUGCGGCUGUGUGCGGCUGCGCUCGGGCUCCACUCCUGCAGCUGCUGAUAAUAGCAGAGCCAUCAUGUUGGAGCGCAGUGUCAGUGCUGCCGCGAACCGCAGUUACCAAUGGUGCACUAUGGGGAAGUCGAAACACCAACAACAUUAGCAGGUAUACAGCCGGAGCGGUGACAGCCGCCCGAACCGCCGCCCCUCCUCCUCCACUCAUAGCAUCUCGAAGGGCGGCAGGUUACCGGUUCCAUUGCUAUCUGGAUGAUUUAUAAGGCUUUUCUAUUCCCUGCGCCGUGGAUUAUUACCGCCUGUGAAGGAAGAAAGCCGGCUCUGGCCUCUUUCUAGUUCUCUUCUAUGUCUUCGCCCACAAAGUACGGGCUUCAGACGUAAAGAGCGGCCGCGCUGCAGCUUCUCCCCCCCUCUCAUCCUCCUCCUCCAUCUGUUCGGUCGGGCGCCCGCCGGCCGAGUGACAGUCAGGGGAACGUGCGCGCGGCGACUCUUCACCAACGUUCCAAAGUCGUUAUUACCCGUCCUGCCCCGCGCUCCUGUCUGCGCCUCAGGUACCAGCUCAGUGAGGCAGCGGCAGAGGGCUGCUGGACGGCAGUAUACCCAGCGUGUGUGUGUGUCUCUCUCUCUCGGCACCUCAGAUGCUAAUUUCCCAUAAUCCUCCUCUGGCUGAGCAUCAUGGGAAAUGUAGUUAAGAAACAUCUGGGGUGCCAAGGAUGGACAUCUAGUUUACAGACAGAUCUUGGGGUCUCCAGCUCAUGUGGACUACGUUUUCCAUGAUGCUAAGCCGACCAUUGGUCCCUACUCUCUAUCAUGGCUAAUGGAGUUAACAGCUGGAGUGCCAAAUUGUAACAUACUCUGCCAUGACGGGCCAUGAGCUCAGCCUGGAUUAAUAUGUCAGAGGGGUCUGUGUUACACAGUCAUUGCUAUCUAUUAUGACGCACAAACUGAUGGGACCCCAUAGGAAUGCAUUGUCUGGCUGAGGUAUUUGGUGCUAAAAUAGCUACUGCUAUGUGGAACUUAUUGGGGAGGUGUGUGUGUGUGUAUAAAUAUAACACACACACACACACUCUCACUCUCUGGUAUUUUGUCAUCUUGACUACUGGGCUAAUCAAAUCUAAUAUAUGUGUGUGUGUGUUUGGAAUUUGUAUGCUGCAUUCCUUAUGGAAGGCAUGAUAUGUGUUCACAUUCUACCCCGACUCACAUUACAGCAUUAAACAUAGACCAGUAACCGUCACUGUGAGGUUGAAUGGUGUAAUUGGGUUUAUCCACUUUACUGUCUACUGAUUUGACAGGCAUAGAGACAGACAAACUAGAAAAAUGACUUAGUUGAAGAAUAAAAAUCCUUUCUGCUGUCUAGGCCUAUGUAAGCAUGCUGUGUUAAGAGCGAAUUUAAGCAAAUACAAAGCAGUUUAGCUUGUAUAGGUUAUAAUGCUGUAUGUUUAUGGUAUGAUAAAUGCUGUUAGUGCAUAUUUAUAGAUGAAUUCCUGUGAUAAAGGAGUACUGCAUGUGGUGUAUAGUUGCCUUCUUUAAUCCUUUAUAAAUCUGCAGCACACUACAAAAUUUUAAAAGGUUCCUCGUAUUCAAGCUGCAUAUUAUCCCCGAGAAGUAUAAUUUGUUGUUGGUUUGGAGGUGGGCAAUGGAGGGGUUGUCUCCCUUGCUUUGAACAAUCUGUUUUCCCAGAUUAUAGAAACCAUUGGUGACAGUAGCUGAUGCAAGAACAGUGCUACUUUGUCCUAUACAUACACAUUGAAUGUGUACGUGGAAUUAGUCUGUGGCGUGUGCUAAUAUUUGACAGUUCUUUAUAUCCUUCAACCAUUGCAAAACCACCUAUUUUCUUUCUAGAAACACAAUUGUCUAUACUCGGUAUGCAUCCGCUUAUAUAUAAUUUUUGUUCACUUCUAGCAAUCCUCAUAUGUAAAUAAAAUAUUGUAAAUCUAAUGUAUUCCUCUUGUACACAGAUAUUUUGAUUAUUAUUUUUACUCUUGGUAGGAUUCACAUACAGUAAUGAAAGCAAUUUUAUAAAAUGGUAAAGUGAUGCACCUUAGAACAGAAUCACAUUGACAUUAAAUCUGCAUUUGUAUUUAGUGGGUAUUUCAGGGAUUUGGUGUUGGAUACUGAAGUGUGGUGUAUUCAUGCACAUCCAAAAUUUAAAUUAGGCUUUUUUUUUUCUCUUCAUUUCAGACGCAUCUUUCAGGUAACCCCUUUUUACAUAUUUGCCAUGCAACGUAUAUUAACCUGAUUUUCUAGUAGUAUUGGUUAAAGUCAGCAUCUGUAGCAUUUACAUUUUUAAUCAGUGGGGAAUAAUGGUAUAUAUUUGGAAGUGUAAAUUAAAACAUAAUUAUGUAUACAGAAACAUUUUAAAGUUGACUUGGUUUUUACUUGCAAAUGACAGUAUUAUUUACGUUUUUUUGGCCAGACUCUUCUCUUGUUGGAGAUAUAUAGUGACCUAAAUUAAGUAUUUUUAGGUAUUCAUGCAUAGGGGGUUAUUUGCUAAAUUCAGAAUAUAUUGCCAGUUGGACAACCCCAUCUUCGUAGGUUUUGUUUUUAUUAAAUGCAAUUGUGUUAGCUUGGUGUUUGAAGAUUUGCUUGUUCUGUUGUUUAUAUUAAGGUAUCAUUUUAAAAAUUGAUGGAUUUCUGUGAGAAUUGUAGCCUUUUAGGUUACUGUAAAACUUAACCAAAAUGGAAGCGAGUUUAUGGACACAUUUAGUGAUUUCAGUUUGGCACAGCUUGAAGUGCUGAACUUUGCUUCUGAAUAUGAACGGGCACACAGUUUAAAAAUAUUAAAGCAGCUCUGUGAACUUGUGGUCUGCUGGGGUGUUUGUUUGUUUUUGGCAAAAACUCCCAAUGUUGACCUCCAGAUCUGGUGUGGUGGAGUGCAACAGAGAAGUUUGAUACCUGAAUCUGUCCAUCUUGGUUGCUGCCAACUUUGUUCCUCAUCUCUUUGGAGCCCAUGUCAGUACUGUACUCAUGCAUGUAAGAGUACAACAUAGAUGUCCUUUUGGAGGAUCCCCUGAGUGUGCGGGAGCUUCCAUAGAUCAAGUCUAAGAGAGAGACAGACAGAUACCUGACUGCUUUGAGAACUGAAAAAAACAUGUUGGCACAAGCUCUGCCAUUUGUCAAGUUUAUAUUUUUCAUGUUCCUUUUUUUAAAACUUUUGACUGCGUUGAAAUUUCCAUGAAAUUCCAACAAUCAAUACGAGCAUUUCAUAGAACUAAAAUAUUUAUUUAUGAAUACUCACAAAUUCUAUUUUACGAAAGAACUGUCCCAAAAUCCUUGUUAAAUAGCUGCUCUGAACCAUAAGCUAUGGUCGAAUUUCAGCAAAAAAGUCAAUUUGAUUUCUAUGCAAUGGUUAUAUUUAUGGAGGUUGGCAAUUGCAGCUUCUACCGGUUCACACGCACCACCCACAAACUCUAAAUGUUUGGUAUCAUCUGAUGAUUGUAGCUUGGUACCACCACAAUCAGACCCCAGUUACAGAAGGGGGUCUUCUGCCACAAGAGCGAUGUCAGCAGCUUCUAGUGCUAAAGUGGCUGUGCCACAUCCUGUAUGGCAGCGAUCACUAAAGGGUUAAUUUAUGAAAACUGUUUCCCUUUAAAGCAUUUACAGUAGUGAAGAGUACAACAGAGACAAAUACCACAGUCUUGGCAGCACUUACUGGUACUGCUGCUGCUUUUAAGUCCUCUUCUUUCAUAAUGUACACAAAUCUAUGCACAUUAUAGCAUUCCUUCCAUGAUGAGUGGCCAACAUGUAUGUCAUCAUGGGAUGCUUUUUUAUCAAUAUUUAUUCACUCAUAUGUUAUAUAUCUGGCUUGUAGCCUAAAUUUUAGUUGUAUGUAAAAUAAAAUAAUCUCUCUGCUGGCAGUUCCUUUUUAAUAUCCCAAAUGUUACUCUUUCUCAAAAUUCUGCUCACUUGUUUUUAUUACAAUAAUCAAAGCAACGUUUCGGGUGUGUAAAAGCACACUAGAACAUCAUUUAGAUUUAAAGGAUUGCUAUAGGGUCAGGAACACAAACAUGUAUUCCUGACCCUAUAGUCCUAAACCACCUUUUCUAUGGCUUGCCCCCCUAAAAGUUUAAAACUCACAUUAUUUCCGGCGCCGGCUCCGCCCCUUUGUGACAUCAUCAAAUGGCCGAUUUUUAGCCAUGGGAAAGCAUUGGAUUGGCUAAAAUCGGCGCGGGCCAAAUGCCGUUUUUGCUAAUCAGGACGUCCUCAUAGAGAUGCGUUGAAUCAAUGCAUCUCUAUGAGGAAAAUUCAGCUUCUCCAUGCAGAGCUUGGGGACGCUGAAUGCCAGGGCUGCUUACUGUGCAACCUUGAGCCAGGAAGCCCCUCCAGUGGCCAUCUGAGGAGUGGCCAUUUGGAUGUGUCACUAGGGGCAAUGUGAGCCCUGCGUUUUCUCUGAAAAGGCAGUGUUUACAUGAAAUGCCUGAAGGGAGCUAUUAUACUCACCAGAACAACUACAUUAAGCUGUAGUUGUUCUGGUGACUAUAGUGUCACAUUAAAUUAAAGGUGUUUAGUGAAGACUAACCUGUAUUUCUCUUUCUGCAGAUAUGGAGGAAAGUUAAAAUUGAUAUAAUCAUUUAUGGGCGGACCUCAUGUGUGAUCCUAGGGAAAGCAGUGCAUAAUUUUAACUGUCAUGAGAAUUUUAUUGUACCUCUGUGGUUACCUCUUGGGUCUGUAAACAGAUCUAGGAAUCCAUUAUUUUUUUUAGUUGAUCUCCAAAGUUGCUAUUUUUCGCAGAAUUAAUUUCAGUAUGUAAUAAUCAUUGAGCAAUUAAAAAAAAAAAAAAAAUUCGGUUACUAAGCGAAUACCAUGUAGACAAUCUGAGUCCCAGUCAAAAAAAAAGACUGAGGCACUGACCUAAAUCAUUAUGAAACAAUGACUCCUGACAGUAAAUCCAUAUUCAUUGCCUCUUUUUGUGGCUUGUCUAACGAAACCUAAUUACUCUUUAUUUAAGAGUGUUGACGAGUGUCAGUUUGAGUACUAUGUUGAUAUAGCUUGGUAAUUUUAGGUGCUGCUUAUUUUGGUAUGACAUACAGAUUCUACCAUGGAAAUAUUUAUCCGUGAAUAUAAUUUUUUUUUUUAUUUAUUUAUUUUUUUUUUUUCUACAAAUGUAGAGUAUUUUUGUAUGAGUUAGACCAGCGAGUGAUUUACGUGAGGGUUUUGAAAACUUUUUUGUUUAGUUUUGGGAGCUUAAUAUAUUUCGGCCCCAAACGGAUGUGUAUUUAAAGAGGAAAUGUCACUUCUAUUUGGUAAAUUGAGAUUAUAUUCACGCUGUAUUUUACUGCACAUGCUAAUUUCUGUAAGUGUUGCAGCUUUCUGCAGCAUAACCCUGACCCUUUAGCCAUGCCUCAUUUUUUUUCAUAAAACUGCUUUUUGAUUGGCCUCAACUGUGAUGUACAUACACAGCUCAGCCAAUGAGAGAUCGUCAGAGCUGCUUAAAUGACUCCCCUCCAAAGCCAAGCACGGCCCUUUUAGUUUUAUGUAUAGUAUCCACUCAAACAUACUUUUCCUCGACAGAGCUGUUUACUUUGUCAGUAAGACAUUUUGUGAAAAGUGGGUGAGGGUAUGUUGCAGAAAGUUGUAAAAGAUAUAAACUGUUAUAUUUGCUUGUAUUGUCUGGAAUGUUCCUUUAAAUAUUCCUUCUGUUAUCUAUAACGUGGUGCAGUGCCACAUGUCCGUCCGCAUGAUGGGGAUACAUUUUUCUGUUGAAUUAUCCCUCACUUUCUUAUAAGCAUCAUUACCACUUUUGCUUGUUGAAGUGUUCAUGGAACAAGUACCUCUUCUUAAAAAUGCUAAUAGUACAGAAGUAUUUUAACUUGUUUGCUGGGGGUUAACUUCACCUUUUGACAGCUGGCAACAGUCUGCAUAGAACCAGAGUUCCAGGCAUGCUGUGCAGAAUUUGUGCAACUUUAGCAAUAUUUGUAAGCGCACACUCACAGCAUGCUGAUGAUGAACACACCAUUUACUCUCACUGGCAUUGCACUAUGAAUAAACUUGUUGGUGUAGGACAGGGUUUGACACAUUUGCUUGGGUUUUAGGAGUCAGGUUGUUGAGAUAUAUGAGAUAUAUAUCUCUAUCUCUAUCGGCCACUGUAGUGCCAGGAAAACAAACUUGUUUUCCUGGCACUAUAGGGUCAUUAGGUCCGCCCCACCCGCUGGACUGGGGAACUCUCUUCCUCCUGUCGGUGCCGCAUGCGCGGCAAGAACCACGCGCGCAUUCAAACCGCCCAUAGGAAAGCAUUACUCAAUGCUUUCCUAUAGACGUCAGCGUCUUCUCACAGUGAGAAUCAUGGAAGUGCCUCUAGCGGCUGUCAGUGAGACAGCCACUAGAGGCUGGAUUAACCCUCAGUGCAAACCUAGCAGUUUCUCUGAAACUGCUAUGUUUUCAGCUGCAGGGUUAAAACUAGUGGGACCUGGCACCCAGACCACUUCAUUGAGCUGAAGUGAUCUGAGUGCUUAUAGUGGUCCUUUAACUAACAAAGCUUUAUUUUCCACAACCAAAAUACAGUUCUUAAAGGGAUAAUAUAGUCCCACAGCUUAUUUGUUCUGGUGUCCCUGCAGACCUUUCAAUGUAAACACUGGCUUUUUAGAGAAGAUGCAGUGCAUUGCUGCCUAGUAAUGCCUCUAGUGACAGUCACUCAGACAGCCACUAUAAGUGCUUCUUAGUCCAGUGCUGCACAGUGUGCAACACUUGUGUUCAGCAUCGUCACACUCUGCAUGGAGGUGCUGAAUGUUUCCCAUAGAGAUGUGUUGAUUCAAUUCAUCUCUAUGAAGAUAUGCUGAUUUACGAGAGAGCCUCCCAAUGCUUUUGUAUCUCAGCCAUUGCAGUGGGGCCAGCCACGGAGAGACUGGCACAACGUGGAAAAAAGAUGAGUAGAAACACCUUUCCCAUGCCAUUGUCGGUUAAUAGAUUUAUAGACACACAUACACACACUGACAAAAUACAGUUCAAAGGAACAAUGCACACACAAAAACAAAAAUAUAGCCUUACAUUUUACAAGGAUAUUUAAAAUCGCCUAUCUUGGUAAACAAAUAUGGGGAUUGUUACACCAUAUGACCAUAUUGUGGUAAGCCUACCAUGACACAGUACCCCAUUAUUGGUGGGUCCUACACUAAUUUUAGAGCUAACUCACCUCCUGCCUCCAUUUCCCCCUCAGCUUGCUGAUGCACAGAUGCUGUGAGGCUGAUUCUGCAGCCGCUGAACAGGCUGACCAACACCAAGGCAAGAAUUUGUCGAGCACUAGUGUAGGAUGUCUGUGCUGUUUGCUUGUGUGAUAUCCAUUAACCUAAAGUUAUCAUACCUUAAUGGUAUUCUAUGCUGUCCCCAUUUAAAUGGGCUUUAAAGCCGUAACGGCUUAAGCCUCCAGGAGGUAAAAUUUACAUCUGCCAGCAAGGGGACUGUCUGAAAUAAAUGUGAGACAGUCCCCCCCUGCUUGUGGGAAAUGUAAAACAAAAUUAUAGAAACAUGUUUAAAAUUGUGUGUGUGUGUGUGUGUGUGUGUGUAUAUGUAUAUGUAUAUGUAUGUGUGUGUGUGUGUGUGUGUGUAUGUGUGUGUAUAUAUAUAUAUAUAUAUAUAUAUAUAUACACAUACACAAACAGUGUUUCAAAAUGGUAACACUAUUGGUAACAAUUAUAUUUUUAGUAAAAGUAAAGUUUUUUUGCAUUUUUCACACAUGAAUGGCACUUUUACUGACAAUAUUGUUUUAAUAUGUUUUACGGUUCUAAAACACUUCUUUUUGUGUUUAGUGAAGUCUCCCAAGUAUAACAGUACCCCCCCAUGUACAGUUUUUAUGGUGUUUUGGAAAGUUAGAGAGUCAAAUAUAAGGCUUGCAUCUCAUUUUUUUUCACAUUGAAAUUUGCCAGAUUGGUUAUGUUGCCUUUUGAGACCGUAUGGUAGCCCAGAAAUAAGAAUUACCCCCAUGAUGGCAUACCAUUUGCAAACAUAGACGUAAUCACAAACUCUGGCCAAAUAUUAGUUUUUUGCUUUUUUCACACAAAAACAAAUAUGAAUGCUAACUUUGGCCAGUGUUUGUGACUAAGUGGCUACUACAAAAGACUGGACAUACCCCACUUGCAAUACCUUGGGUAGUCUACUUUUGCAAAUGGUAUGCCAUCAUGGGGGGUAAAUCUCGUUCCUGGGCUAGAAUGAGGUAACAUUACUAAUCUAGCAAAUUUCAAUGUGAAAAACCUGAAAAAUUGAAUGUGCUAUAUUUGACCCUUUAACUUUUCAAAACACCGUAACAACUGUUAAUGGGGGCUACUGUUGUACUCGUGAGACUUUGCUGAAUCCAAAUGUGUGCUUUUUUUGCAGUAAAAGCAAACAGUAUUAUGACAUUUACAGCUAAAAUGUGAUGUGGAACUACAAAUUUAAAAAAAAAAAAAAAAUCUCAGUUUUUUUAUUUUCUAUAGAUAUAAAAUUAUGAUUCAUAUAUGAAUAGUUCAUGUGAAAUUAAAGCUCUGUUUCUCCUGAACAAAAUGAUAUAUAAUAAGUGUGGGUGCACUUAAUAUGAAAGAGGUGAAUUACGGUUGAACAGACAUAUAGCGCAAAUUCCAGUUUUUGUUUACAUUUUGUUUUGAUCAGAACAUGUACUAUUGACUCCGUCCUGAAGGGGUUAACAGACCACUCUGAACACCAAAAUAUCAUGUCAGUUAAGGGAUUAUGGUGCCUGGAGAUCACUUGCACCUUUAAAUUUUAAACUGCUGUUUAAACGUACACUGUAGUCCUUAAAACCGUUUAAUAUCUUUGAAUUGUUGUUCCUCCAUUCAGUGUUAAACCAUUUUAGAGUAUUGUAUCACUAAGGUCCCUGGCCACCUACAGUCCGACCCCUUCUGGAUGUGUGGCUAAGACAGAAAUUAUACACUUCCUUGUAGUCAUACCCUUCAUACCGUCAGUUGGUGCUCUGGAUAGACUAAAAGCUGUCAGCUGACACUCUCAACCAAUCUUGGCUGACUAUUGCUGCUCAGGCUCAUUGGCUGACUAUUGCUGCUCAGGCCUCAUUAGCCAAAGCAGUACAGAGGGGAUGGUCUGCUGGGAACGCUCAUUUUAGUAUUAAAACUUUAAACCGGUUUAAAGGACCACUAUAGUGCCAGGAAAACAAACAAUAGACCACUAUAGUGCCCUGAGAGUGCCCCCACCCUCAUGGUCCCACUUCCGCUGCGCUGAAGGGGGUUAAUCCCUUACCUUUUUUCCAGCGCUGGGACUCUCCUCCCUCUUCUCAUGUCAUCGGCUGAAUGCGCAUGCGCGGCAAGAGCCGCGCGCAUUCAUCCAGUCCAUAGGAAAGCAUUCUCAAUGCUUUCCUAUAGACGCUUGUCUUCUCACUGUGAAAAUCAUAGUGAGAAGCGCCUCUAGCGGCUGUCAAUGAGACAGCCACUAGAGGCUGGAUUAACCCUAAAGUAAACAUAGCAGUUUCUUUGAAACUGCAAUGUUUACAGCAGAAAGAGUUAAUCCUAGAUGGACCUGGCACCCAGACCACUUCAUUAAGCUGAAGUGGUCUGGGUGCCUAUAGUGGUCCUUUUAAUGCUGAAUAAAAUUAUAGCACCAGGGAAUUCCAGACACUAUAACCAGUUUGAGAUGAUGCAAAUUCAAUAUCCCUUUAAGUGGUGUGUCCAGGCACCAGUCUGAUGGCUUCUUAGCCAGGUAUAGACUGAAAGAAACAUUAAUAUAUGCUAUGCAUUUAGUCAUAGGAUGUUUUAAUAUUCUUCCCGUCCAUCUAUUUAUUUUUAUUUGUUUUUAAACUCCAAUAUCUCAUCUGGCAAGGAUUACUUAAAGGAACACUAUAGGGUCAGGAACACACAUGUUUUCCUGACCCUAUAGUUCUAAACCCACCGUUUAGGUGGCUUUCCGCCCCAGCCCCCCCCUGUGAAAGUGUAAAACUCACCUUAUUUCCAGCGCCGCGCUGGCUCUUCCCCUUUGUGACAUCAUCAAAAUGGCCAAUUUUUAGUCAAUUCAAUGCUUUUGUUUGGGCAACAUGUCAAAGUAAAUGAAAGAAACAAAUAGCAGCCACAGAAUAUUUGGAACUUUGCUUCCCAGCAUGUUGUCAAAUCCAGACUUCAAACAUUGUUAUGAAUGUUAUAAACAGAAAUGUUUAACAGCAGAUUUCAACCCUUUUAUUGCAUUAUGAAGAGCAGAUUGCACCUUUUCUAGCUGUAGUGGUCUGGCCCUGUAGUUUUGAUCAAAGGGGUUUCUAAAAUUACUAUGGAUGCAGAUGGAAAUGAAGUUACUGAGGUGGAUGAGAUCUGGAGUCUUUUUCUCAAUGUCCUGCAGUGCCUGUUUGAGAUUCUAUGACAGUGUAGAAAGGAGCGAGCAGGGGAGUACUAUAGCCAUCUGCUGCAACACUGGCCUGCAGCAAUUCUGUCUUGCACAGCUGCAGAAGUCGUUAUUGGAUAUUAACCUCUUCAGAAGAGAAAAUAGUUUCAACAGUGACAAUGCAUCCUCCCUUUUUGCCAGAUAGAAAACAUAGAAUGUGACGGCAGAUAAGAACCAUUCGACCCAUCUAGUCUGCCUAAUUUUUAAAAUGCUUUCAUUAGUCCCUGACCUUAUUUUAUUGUUGGGAUAGCCUUUUGCAUAUCCCACGCAUGCGUAAAAUCUUUUUUUCUCUGUUAACCUCUACCACUACAGCUGGAAGGCUAUUCCAUGCAUCCACUACCCUCUCAGUAAAGUAAUACUUCCGGAUAUUAUUUUUAAACCUUUGUCCCUCUAAUUUAAGACACUGUCCUCUUGUUGUGGUAGUUUUUCUUCUUUUUAAUAUAGUCUCCUCCUUUACUGUGUUGAUUCAUAUCCCCCCUGUCUCGUCUUUCCUCCAAGCUAUACAUGUUAAGUUCCUUUAACCUUUCCUUGUAGGUUUUAUCCUACAAUCCAUUAACCAGUUUAGUAGCCCUUCUCUGAACUGUCUCUAAAGUUUCAAUAUCCUUCUGGAGAUAUGGUCUCCAGUACUGCGUAUAAUACUCCAUGUGAGGUCUCACCAGUGUUCUGUACAAUGGUAUGAGCACUUCCCUCUUUCAACUUCUAAUACCUCUCCCUGUACAACCAAGCAUUCUUCUGGCAUUUUCUGCUGCUCUAUUACAUUGUCUGCCUACCUUUAAAUCAUCAGAAAUAAUCACCCCUAAAUCCCUUUCCUCAGAUGUUGUGGUUAGGACUCUAUCAAAUAUUCUGUACUCUGCCCUUGAGUUUUUACAUUCAAGAUGCAUUAUCUUGCACUUAUCCACAUUAAAUGUCAGUUGCCACAACUCUGACCAUUUUUCUAGUUUACCAAAAUCAUUUGGCUUUGGGAUCGACCGAUUAUCGGUCUGGCCGAUAUUUGGCAUUUUCGGCAAUAUCGGUGUCGGCCAAUAGAGAGACCGAUAUUACUGAUAAUACAUACCAGGACAGCUGGGCCCAUGACAAGCCCAGCGGUUCCGGAGGGGGCCCCAGCAAGCACUUACCUUCCCAGCAGCUCACCAAUCGUGAGAUUUACACUGGGGAGCUGCUGGGAAGGUAAGCGCUUGCUGCGGGCUCCCACUGUACUUUCCAUGCCACUGGACCACCAGGGAUGCUAUAUCCCCCUCUCCCUGGCCAGGUAACAUGCAGGGAGAGGGGACUACAAAUUUUUCUUAUUAAAUAUUUAAAAAAAAAAAUUUUUAAUAAAAAUGCCUCCUCCCCACAAAUUACGUACCUACAGAAAUACACACUGCAUUAUAUACACACACACACACUUUGCAUUUAGUAUAUACACGCACACUACACAAACACACACUGCAUGCAUUAUAUACACACUGCAUCCGCUACACACACUGCGUCCACUACACGUGGCAUGUAUAUUUUGUGCAUAUAUCUUUUAGAAAUAGUUUAUUUUUUCAAUAUGGUAAAUGUACAGCAUAUCGGUAAGCUAUGGGCCUGUAAAUUCACAGAUUAAGGUUAUCUGCUCUAAAAAAAUAAAUAUCGGUCGAUCCCUAAUUUGGCUUAUACCUCCUGGAACAUCAACCCUGUUACAUAUCUUAAUGUCAGCAGCAAAAAGACAUACCUUACCAUCAAGACCUUCUGCAAUAUCACUAAUACAAAUAUUAAAGAAAAUACAGAUCCCUGAGAUACCCCACUGGUGACAAGCCCAAGCUUUGAAUAUACUCCAUUGACUACAACCCUCUGUUGCCUGACACUCAGCCACUGCCUUACCCAUUCAACAAUAUUGGAAUCCAAUCUUAAAGAUUGUAGUUUAUUGAUAAACCUUCUGUGUGCAACAGUGUCAAAAGCCUUACUGAAAUCUAGGUAAGCAAUGUCUACUGCACCACCCUAAUCUAUAAUUUUAGUUACCCAAUCAAAAAAAUCAAUAAGAUUAGUUUGGCAUGAUCUCCCUGAAGUGAACCCAUGUUGUCCCUGAUCUUGAAAUUCAUGGAAUUUUAGAUGUUCAACAAUCCUAUCCAUGGUUUCCAUUACUUUCUCCAAUACUGAAGUAAGGCUACCUUUCUUGUGAAUGGGCACAAAAUUCGCUAACUUCCAAUCUUCUGGGACUACUCCUGUUAACAAUGAUUGGUUAAAUAAAUCUGUUAAUGGUUUUGCAGGUACACCACUAAGCUUUUUUAAUAACUUUGGGUGUAUUCCAUCAGGUCCCAUUGACUUAUUUGUCUUUACUUUUCUCAUUUAUGUAUCUAAAAAAUGUUUUGUCCUCCUUUUUUAACUGUCUGUUGUUUUCUCUUCUCUUCUGUGAUUUGGAAGCUCUUAUAACUCGCUUAGCCUUUUUCUGCCUAAUCUUCUAGAUCAUUCUGUCUUCCCACUCUGGGUUUUUUUUAUAAUUACUAAAUGCUAAUUUUUUGUUUUUUACUAUUUUGGCCACAUCUGUGGAGUACCACAGUGGUUUUUUUUUUAAAUGUUUGCUUUUACUGACAAACCUAAUGCAAUUUUCUGUUUCCUUCAGCAGUGCAACUUUUUAAAUAAUCCAAUUUCCAGUCCAGUCUGAUAAUGACUCCUUUACACAUAACAAGUUUAAAACUUUUGUUUUUGUGUGGUGUGACUCAGUCACUGUUCUUAUAUUAAACCACACUGACUGAUGAUCACUGGAUCCUAAACUUUCACCUACAGUAAUAUCUGAUACCAAAUCUCCAUUUGUUAACACUAAAUCUAGUAUGGCCUCUUUACGAGUUGGCUCCUCAACGACUUGUUUUAUAGACAAUCCCAUUAGGAAGUUUAGAAUAUGUGUGCUCCUGGCACAAGCGGCUAUUUUUGUUUUCCAAUUCACAUCAGGAAGAUUAAAGUCACCCAUGAUGAUAACUUCCCCCUUCAUUGUCAUUUAAGCUAUUUCCUCAACUAGUAGAUUAUCUAACUCUUCAAUUUGUCCUGGGGGCCUAUAAAUCACACCUACAUGAGUUACUGUGUGAUUACUAAAUUCUAACGUAACCCAAACGGACUCUAUGUUCGCCUCACUAACUUUUAUUAGGAUAGAUUUUAUGCUAUCCUUCACAUACAGGGCCACUCCUCCCCCUUUCUUGCCUUCUCUGUCUUUUCUAUAUAAAGAGUACCCUGGUAUUGCUAUGUCCCAGUCAUUUUUCUCAUUAUAUCAUGUCUCAGUAACAGCCACUAAAUCUACAUUAUCAGUUGCCAUUAUUGCCACAAGUUCAUGGAUCUUAUUCCCUAAACUGCGAGCAUUUGUAGACAUAACUCUAAGGACAAGGAAAACGAGAGAAAUCUCAAUGUAUCCUUCCUGGUAAAAUAUUUUAUAAACAGAUUUGUCGAAUGUGGUCUAUUUAGUCUACAUCAGGGGUUCUCAACCUAGUCCUCAGGACCCCCUACCAGUCCAGGAUUUGGGGAUUACCUGGGUGUGUCUCAGGUGUUUAGAAAAAGGGGAAAAAACACCUUAGACACACCCAGGUAAUCCCUAAACCCUGGACUGGUAGGGGGUCCUGAGGACUAAUGUUGAGAACCCCUGGUCUACAUGAAUUCCUAUAUUGUACAAGAGAUGAUGCCAUCUAUAAAAUUUCAAACAGUACAAUCUACGUAGUUUUAUUUGUUUUGUGUUUUUUUUCUAUCUUCCUUUCACUAUCUGCUUUUGACAAGCUUUAUACUGCCAAUACUUGUAGUGUAUAUUUUGUGUGUGUGUUUAACCCCUUAAGGACGGAGGGCGUACUAUUACGCCCUGCAGGAGCCGGCUCUAAACGCCAGCGGGCGUAAUAGUACGCCCUCACUUUAAUGGCCGCCCAUGUGGCCGGCGCUAUUCGCCCGCUGCAGAUCGCGGUUGGGGGGGAUGCCCGGCCCCCCAGGCAACCCCCUCUGUGGCCGGUGACCGCGAUCUGCAGUCACUGAUCGCAGUGACAGGCUGUCACUGCGAUCAGUGUUACAUGUGUCAGCCUAUUGGCUGACACAUGUAACUGGCACACAGAUCCCCCUGCAGAUUGGAAGGGGGGAGUGCUUGUACCACCCAGGCACUCCCCCCUGUGGCCAAUUACCCAAUCUGCAGGAGGUGAUCACAGUGACAGGCAGUCACUGUGAUCACUGAUCCUGUGUGUCAGUGUUUGUGACUAAGUGGCUACUAAAAAGGACUGGACAUACCCCGUUUGCAAUACCUUGGGUUGUCUACUAUUGCAAAUGGUAUGCCAUCAUAGGGGUCGUUUUCAUUCUUGGGCUACCAUAGGGUCUCAAAGGCAACGUACCCAAUCUGGCGAAUUUUAAUGUGAAAAAAAUGAAACACAAGCCUUAUAUUUGACGCUGUAACUUUUGAAAAGACCAUAAAACCUGUUCAUGAGGGGUACUGUUGUACUUGGGAGACUUCGCUGAACACAAAUAUUUGUUUCAAAACAGUAAAAAGUAUUGCAGCAAUAAUAUCGUCCGUGUAAGUGCUCUUUGUGCGUGAAAAAUGCAAAAAAAAGUCACUUUUACUGGCGAUAUCAUCGUUGUAAUACAUUUUACUGUUUUGAAACACUAAUAUUUGUGUUCAGCAAAGUCCCCCGAGUAGAACAGUACCCCCCCAUGUCCAGGUUUUAUGGUGUCUUGGAAAGUUAUAGGGUUAAAUAUAGUGCUAGCAAAUUAAAUUCCCUUUACUUCCGGCAUGGGUUGUCAGGCAGUUCCCACUAAUUGUAAUUAAUUAAGAUACCUAAUUAUGUAAAAUUAUUACAUAAAUAUAUAUGUAGAAUUAAUGUGUGUGUGUGUGUGUGUGUGUGUGUGUAUAUAUAUAUAUAUAUAUAUAUAUAUAUAUAUAUAUAUAUAUAUAUGUAUGUAUAUAAUUUUUAAAAAAUAUUUUUAUUUAUAUAUAGUGAUAUAAAUAUAUAUUAAUAUCACAAAACAGAAUGAAAUAACACACAUCUAUAUAUUUUAAAAUUAUUUUAUUUAACGUAUUUACAUAUUUUUUUAUAUUAUAUAAAUAUAUAAAACAAUAAAAAAAUUAUAUAUAUAUAUAAUUUUUUUUAGUCAGUAUCAGUCUACGUGUAAUUUGAUAUUAAAAUAUAUAUAUUUUUUUUUUAAUAGUAAAAUACACCUAUACAGUGUGUGUAUAUGUAUAUAUAUGUGUGUGUGUGUGUGUGUGUGUGUGUGUGUGUGUGUGUGUGUGUGUAUAUAUAUAUAUAUAUAUAUAUAUAUAUUAUAAUAUAAUUUUUUUUAAAUAUUUUUUUUGCACUUUUUAACUUUUAUUUAUUUUUAUUUCCAGCCAGCAUCGGGACCACCUGUCAUUACAGGCAGCCCCCCUGCUGGCAAUGCAGGAGGCAGCUAUCCCGGCCAUGUGAUUGUGAGGUCCUCGCAAGGACCUCACUCUUACAUGGCCGGGGGGGCUUCCAGGGGGUCGGACGUGCCGCGGGGGGCUCCCUGGGAGUCCCCCCAACCGCGAUCGCUGGCGUGGGAUCGCCAGCGACCGGGUAAGUACAGAAAGGUACUAUUACGCCCAGCGUUAUAGUACGCCCUCCGGUCUUAAAGGGUUAAGAUUAGUCGAUGAGGAUAUGGUCAAUGACCGUAGAAUUGUAAUAAAACUUAAACCAUCCAACUCGGGUAUAUCUGCCAUCAUCUAUAAAAAAUUUUGAGGGAACGAGGAAGGUUAAGUUUUUGCCCAUUGUUUCUAAUCAUUAAACCGAAGUCAUACUGUUAUGUAAUCUUAAUACACGAGUCUGUUCAUGUCCUGCCCGGUUUAGUUUGCCAACUGUCAUGUUGAUGGUAAUGAUGCUCAUCCAGGCUUGAUGAGCAUCAUUAGUCAUUGCUGUGUAUGUGCCAGAUAUUGCAUAAUCACAUUGCCAGUUUUACCAUUCUACGUAACUACCUAAGCCUAUACAUGAGGUAGAGGCAAACAAUAUGUCUACAAAAUUGCAAUCUGACAAAGGUUAAACCUACCUAACCCAGUGGCUGCUAACCUUGGAAUCUCACAUCCUUGAUGUUCCCAUAAUUCUCAGCCAGACAUAAACUCUUGGGUGCUUUCUUAUCUGUUUCCAAAGGCAGUGACUGCAUUAACCCCUUAAGGACCAAACUUCUGGAAUAAAAGGGAAUCAUGACAUGUCACAUGUGUGAUUCCCUUUUUUUCCAGAAGUUUGGUCCUUAAGGGGUUAAGAUAAUAAUGCAAAAGGAGAUCUCUCAAAGAUUUUGCACUUCAUAUCAGUAUUUCCCAUCAAAACUUACCGGUACAUGUAUGUGAGCUAUUAAAUAUUUGUCUUUAAUUGUUAAAUUGAUACCUAUUUUUGGCAACUUUGCAUCUAUUAGUUUCAUUUUAAUGCUUGACCUGUCAGGCAUGCCUUAGAUACAUCAGAAUAUCUUGCAUCUGUAGGUUUUACACUGAAAUAGUCAGCCCCUGUGGCUAUAUUGCGAACUCCUCCCCUUUACAAACAUAACACUUCUAACCACACCCAUAUUCUAUGGAAACCACUCCACCCCCAACCCAGGUCACAUGUCACCAAUUUCCUACAGUGCCAUAUAUGUGCCCAGCUUCCCAGUGCCGCCUGUCCUCAUACAGCUUCCCAGUGCCUUUUUUUGGUCUCAAUAUAGCUAAUUAGUGCCAUCUUGGUCUCAAAUUAUCUUUGUCCCCAUCUUAGCAGUGUCAUUCUUGUGUCCAAAUCACUGACCAGUGUCAUUGUUGUCCCAAAAUUGCUAAUCAGUGACAUUUCUUUACCUUUAGAGAGCUUUUCAGCUGGUAGUGUUUUUGCAUCAACUGUGUGUAAGCAGGGUUUAUCUUGCAGAGAGUCAAUGUAUUUGGAAUGCAGAAAUGUAUUUAUCGAUGAGUGUGAAUUCAAAUGAAUAUUUGUGUAUAUAUUAAUGUGUACAGAUGCAGUUAUUGAAUAUUUGUAUGAAAUGUGUUACUGCAAGAAUGUAUUUGUAAGACGUGUGUAUAUUUGUAUGUAUGAGUGUCCUUCACUGGACGUUAUUGUGUGUGCAUGCAUUGUUUUUUUUUUUUCAACAGCUGUCUGCUAUUAUAGCCAGGAGCUCCUGCUUAGGAGCUUACUUUACUUUCCUAAGCCAUGACCUGUUGAGCUCAUCAAAUGAUCACACUCAGCCAAUGAGCUGAGCUGUGCACUGCCGGACUUAGCACAAUGAAGUAAGCUUCUAGUAUAGGUGAGGUGUGGAGCAGCAUCUGGUGGACCCCAUUAUGCUCCCUUUCCUCCUGUGCACAGCUGGUGGGAAGAAGCUCCCAGCACAUCGCAUAUAAAAAGUUCAACAUUGGGAUGCUCUAGUCUAAGCAAUCUUUGUACCAUAAACAUUCCAGCAUGCUUAAGUGGAGUGUAGUGCUUGGAGUUUUCCAUUAAAAAACAGGAGAUCAUACUGCUAGCAUGUGAAAGUCUGAUUUUAACAGUAUUUUAUGUUUUGUGAAUGUUAUUGAUCCCAAGUAAAUGUGUAUGUGCCUAACGUGUUUCUAAAGACUUUAGCAAUCUGUUCUCUAGAAAAUAUGUUGUAAACUUGCGCAUUGGUAAUUUAAAUAACUCUUUAUGGAUCUAUGAAAGAGUUCCCUUUAUUUUAUUUAUUUAUUUAUUUUGAGCACAUCUCCCAAAUGACGCAAAUGAAAGUGUUUUGUAGCAGAACAUAUCCUUAGAAAACAGGUUUUCAAAUAUUUAUGUAGCGACACAAAAGUUUAUAACUUCACUUAUCAUAACAAGCUUGGUUUAUAGUUGUUGACAGAUUUUAGACUUGCAAAAUGUCAGAUGUGAAUAGGCUGAAGAAUGAAAAAAUUUAAAGACCGUAAGUUCGUUUGUGCAGGGUUCUCUCAACAGUUUAUUCCUGUAUUGUCCAUCUUGUCUUGUUGCACCCAGCUUGUCCACCUGUAGUACAGUUCUAUAUUGUAUAUUGGUAUGUAUAAACAGUUGUAAUCAAAAUUAUUCAACCCCCAAUGAAAACCAGGUUUAUUGUCCAAAUCUAGACUUUCAGCUGCUUGCAAUGAACAAAUCAAACAAAAGCAAUUGAAAUAGCUCAACACAACCUAUGCUUCAACAAAUGCUUUCGUUUCCCCAAAUUGGACUGAAAAUGCAACUUUUAUUAAAAAAAAAAUUUGUUUUCCUGAAAAGGAUUACUUAAAAAAAUAAAUAAAUAAAAAAAAAUCUGUAAGCCAUGAGUAAAAACAAAAAACCCUUUACGUAAUCUGUACCUUGGUUACAUUAAACAUUCACUGUACAUAUUUUGCCUUUGUAUAAUCUUCAAUCAUGUAUAUCUGAUAACACUCUCCUGCAUGUGUAUACAUAGAAACAACUAAAUAUACAAAUAAAUGCAGUGUGGAUUGUUUGCAUCUUUGAACUCACUGGACAGACUUCAUUGGUGUUUUGAAGAACGAUGUGAAUGUAAAAAUAGCAGUUAAACAAGAUGGUGUGAAUUGUUUAGUCAGUUAUCCUUUGUGUGAGCAGCCCGCAAACUUUACCCUAUGUGUUUCAGCUUGUAACCAUCUAUUUAAUCUUUUCAAUCCCAUGUGUCAGUCUACUCCUAUAACUCUUAUUAGAUAUUUAGUACACUUUUUAAUGGUAGCCUGGCACCAAAACCACUGCGUGUUGUGAUUUUGGUGGUAAAACCCUGUCCCUGCUGUCUGACAAAUAUAAACAUUUUUGUCUGUGCGAAAUUGCAAUGUUUGUAUUUGUAAUAAAGGAUACUUUUCAUGGCUGUCAGACAGCCUCUAGAGACACUACCUCUAUCACUAUCAAGAUUAUCAAUAUUUCAAAGUUUCAUGUUAUCAUUGCUGAACAAUUUUGUUUAGAAGCAUUGGAUUUAAAGUAACUCUAAACACCAGAAUCACUACAGCUUAAUGUAGUGGUUUUGGUGCAAAUAGCCUGUCUCUGCAAUUUUAAUUUCUAAAGAUUACUUUUUCUGUAAAACGGCAGUGUUUUUUUAUCUGUCUCUUAGAACACCUCUUAUGGCUGUCCUUCAGGUGACCAUUAGAGCUGCUUCUGUUUACAAUUGAUCUUGAUUAUAUCUGUCAAUUCAAAUGGUUUCCAUAGGAAAGCUUUGAGAGGCAAAUGCACAUGCUUGUCUGAUCACUGCACCUGUCAGAUGGUCUCUAUGAGGUCAUCUGAUUGAAAUAGCAGAGUUUUACUCUGGUAUUACAGAGGAAGUGCUUAUCACUAUAGGCAUUUAUGCCACAUAAUGUAAAGGGUUAAAACUACAAGGACAUUGCACCCAGAUCACUUAAUUGAGAUGAAGCGCUUUGGGUGCCUGUACUAUCUCUUUAAUCAGUGCAAUGGAGGCAUCUUUCUAAAGAAACACAAAAUGGAGGAAUAAAGUAAACAGAGUGCAGGUCAGGAGUCUGGAUAAAAGUCAAGGGCUCAUGAGCUGCACCACUGUAACCACCUAAUAGGGAGCUCCAAUGAGGGGGUAACCCCCCCCAAAAUAUGUAGGUAAUGUGUAGAGUCCCACAAGGAGAAACCAGCAUGAGGAGAGCUCCACUGUAUAAGAAAUAAGGAAGGGAGGCUCCUGACGACGGCGUUUUGAACACGCCAAAACGCACAUCGAGCAUUUUCUUUUUCUUUAAUCUCUGCACUUGGUAGCACUUUUUUUUUAUUUUUCUUACCACUAUGGUUAUUUAUUUUUAGGUGUUUAUUUAUAACUUUAGUAGGGAGAGUUGGUUCAGGUAGACACUAGUGGUUAGACCACGGUGUCGAGGUAACUUUUAGGGUGUAUUGAGAGAUUUUUAUUUUUUUUUGUGUGUGAGGCUUUUCAUCUGCAUUUAGGUCUGAUUACCCUGUCCCUUGUUCUCUGGGGACCCUGUGCCCCUUCUCUCUCCUUAACCUAGUUAGUCAGUCGGACACUAGGGGAACUGGAACUUAGGUGCUAGCUAGUAUUCCAGUCAAUUGAUCCCCUGGGCACCGUUUAGUAGAUCUCCCUUUUUUUCAAGCUAUACUUUUUGUUUGCAUAUCCCUUUUUAUCCUUCGAUUGAUUAACGGUAGGGCCUCCCUUCCUCAUUUCUUAUACAGUGGAGCUCUCCUGAUGUUGGUUUCCCCUUGUGGGACUCUACACAUCACCUACUCUUAUUAUCUUUCUAAAGAAGUUUUUUUACAAACUUUGAGAUCUAUUAUAUUACAUUUGAAGAUUGGUUCACCAAGCUAAGUUUAUGUCUGUAAUUUAGGUCUCUGUCUAAAAAGAUAGAAGAAAUUGAGUGAUAUUUUUCUGUGGAAUAAAUGAGGAGGACCCUAGCUUGUUUCCCAUAAAGUCUUCAGUUAGUCUUGGUAUUAACAGUCAAACUCUUUUUUUUAUUUUAUUUUUAUUUUUUUACUGACAACAGGCAGUGCACUGGCAGCAAAAGUAUUUUAACUCUAUUGUUAUAUAGAAUCAAACAUUAAAAUAGAUAUUUAGAGUCCUAGUUUUCAUUGAAAGUGCUGCAGCUCCAAAAAUGCAACAGGAUAUUGAUAUAAACUAAUAAUGUUACUUUGUCUUUUUGGUGCAUGUAUGUAUUAAACAAAAAGUAUCAAUUUGUUAGAUUUUUGUUUCUGUACACAAUCACUUGCAAUAAUUGUCUGGAGGAUUAUUUAAAAUAUUUAUAGAACUGCCCAGGGCAUCGUUGCUGCGCUGCUAUGUGUGACGUUCCCCAGCUUCCUUUCUCUGUCACCUGAGGGAUUACAUGUUUAUUGCUUGAGAAGGAAUACAUAACCCAGUUUGUGAUCCUAAAAGGUGCUAAGCAGCAUUGAUGCAUGAAACUUAAUAAUGGUGUUUAAUCCUUCAUGGCAUUAAAAGGACACUGUAUAGUCACCAGAACUACAGCUUAAUGUAGUUGCUCUGGUGAGUAAAAUCAUUGUAUGCAGGCAUUUUCAUGCAAACACUGCCUUUUUAGAGAAAAGGCAGUGUUUACGUUGCCCCUAGGGACACCUCCAAUUGGCCACUGGAGGUGCAUCCUGGGACAGUGCUGCAUAGUAGGCAGCACUGCAGAUCAACGUCUCCACACCCUGAAUGGGGACGCUGAGUUUUCCGCAUAGAAAUGCAUUGAUUUUAUGUAACUAUGAGGAGGUGCUGAUUGGACAAAAGAUGUUUGGCCCCACCCCAUGCGGAUUUCAGCCAAUCCAAUGCUUUCCCAUGGGAAAGCAUUGGAUUGGCUAAAAAUCGUCAAUUCAGAUGUCACCAAGGGGGCGGGGCCAGCGCCGGGGGACCCACAUAGCACUGGAAAUAAGAUUUUAUUAACUUUUAAGGGGGGGCAAGCCACCUAAAUGGUGGGUUUUGCACUAUAGGGUCAGAAAUACAUGUUUGUGUUUCUGACUCUAUAGUGAUCCUUUAAGAAGUAGUGGUGCAAACUUAACUGAUAAAUGGAUAAUUCAAGACAUUGGGCUCAGGUGUCUACUUGGGCGAGGCACUGCUUGACCAGGUGUACACUUCUUUUCAUGGCUUCAGUGUUCUUAAAAUAUAGUUGUUGGAUAGACUAAUAGUGUUGGGGAUUCCAGAUCAAUGUAAUGCUCUCAUACUUGAUUAGAAGUGUAAAAACAGUGACAGUUGUUACAUUUAACAUAUUGCAUUACUCUAAACAGUUGAGCAAGGAUUAAGUCAUAUCCCAUUCUGUUAUGACAUACUCGGCACGUCAUUAGUCAGUACGUUUAAAAUAUGUUUUGUGGGGUUUUUUUUUUGUCUUUGCUAAACUACCGUUGAAAAUCAGAUUUCAAAAUUAAGGUCAAUAAAUAUUGUCAAUAGAAAUUUUGCCUUUUGCAGUUCCGUUUUCAGUUUGCCAAAAUUUAUUUUCUAAAGUAAUUAUUCUUCACAAACUUUGUAAAGUUACUUCUGUGCAUUUUAUAAAAAAUGUGCUGAAAUGUUUUUCAUUCUGAUUAAGAGUGGACCAUAAAACUCAUGGCUUAUGUAGCUUGGGGAAAUAUACAAAUUGUUCUGUUAAAAUCAGGGAUUAGAAUUUAAAGGAGAACUGUCACAUCAACACUAACAAUAAUGAUCCUUUAAUCAAUUAAUGAAGAAAAAUAGGUUCAUUGGUAAAUUAAGUGUAUGUAAAAUAAAUUUUAAAAAUAGAGAAACUCAUCCCUACUUUUAGUAUAUAACUGGUUCCUUCUGCCAUGUAUGCAUGCACCUUGGGUCAGACAGUGUUUGGAAAUCAAGUCUAUAUGGUCUUCCCUGCUUCACAUUGCAGUGGCAUCAUCUGACUGACUGUCAAAUUCAAAAGAUGCAUGUACAUGGCUGAAGGACCCUGUCAUAUACUACAGGUAGGAAUUAGUUUUUUUUCUAAUAUAGUAGAUUUUUUUAUUUUUUGGUUAAAUGAAGAAAAACUAUUUCCUUUUCAAAAGUUGAUGAAAGAUGUUAGUGUUGAGGUGACUGGUUUUUCUUUUAAAGUUCUGCUCUACUAGCCAGGCCUUAAAAGUUAUUUGCCACUGCAAGUCUGGAGAAUUCAUAGCAACAAACUUUCUUCUUGUUAGGGCUGAAUUUCUAGUAGCGAGUAGAAGUUUUGAGAACUGGUUAAAAUGCUGUGGUGCAGCCUGGCUCUAAAACCUAUUAAACUCUACUGUGAUUUCUUGACCAUUACCUAUUUUUAGAAUAAAUUUCAGAUUUGUAUUCAUAUUAUCUCAUGUCAAACUAUUUCUUGUCUUACAGGCAUUUCUUAUCAACAGUGAAAAUGCAUUUCUUACUUGCAUUGGAAAUUCAAUUAUGAAAGAAACCUGACAGCCAAAGCUUCAGGAAACUUUUCUACUUGGUACAGCAUGGCAGGUUUCAAGAGAGGAUAUGAUGGGAAGAUAGCUGGACUUUAUGACCUGGAUAAAACCUUGGGUCGGGGACACUUUGCUGUUGUCAAACUUGCUCGCCAUGUCUUCACUGGUGAAAAGGUAGCUGUUAAGGUCAUCGACAAGACCAAACUAGACUCUCUGGCCACAGGGCAUCUUUUCCAAGAAGUUAGAUGCAUGAAACUGGUGCAACACCCCAAUAUAGUUCGCUUGUAUGAAGUCAUUGAUACACAGACCAAAUUGUAUUUAAUUUUGGAACUUGGUGAUGGAGGUGAUAUGUAUGAUUACAUAAUGAAGCAUGAAGAAGGUCUCAGCGAGGAUUUGGCCAAAAAAUACUUUGCUCAGAUCGUUCAUGCAAUAUCUUACUGCCAUAAAUUGCAUGUUGUGCAUAGAGAUCUAAAACCAGAGAAUGUGGUCUUUUUUGAAAAGCAGGGUCUUGUGAAAUUGACAGAUUUUGGCUUUAGCAACAAGUUCCAGCCUGGGAAAAAACUAACAACAAGCUGUGGAUCGCUUGCUUAUUCUGCACCAGAGAUACUGCUUGGAGAUGAGUACGAUGCUCCCGCAGUAGGUAUGUAUAUCCAUUUUAUAACCAAUUUGUUAUAUAUCUUGGAUUUUUGGCACGUUGCAUUGUUAAUGCUCUAGUUGAACAGGAAAAUAUUUUAUUUCAUGUAAUAAAUAAAUAUAUAUAUAAUUUUUUUUUUUUUUUUUAUGCUUGUGUCCUUGCACUCAGUCUAAACCAAGUUGAUUAAUUGAUUAAGCCAUAGCCAAAAAGUAUACAAGUGAAAACAUGGCUUGCUGUCACGGUCUUGAAAUGUAAAAAAGUUCUUCUUUAUUCAAAACGUAUCCAUAAAAUCGUCACACCAACGUUUCAGCCCUCAUCCAGGGCUUUCCUCAGUUCAUCCUGAGGAAAGCCCCGGACGAGGGCUGAAACGUUGGUGUGACGAUUUUAUGGAUACGUUUUGAAUAAAGAAGAACUUUUUUACAUUUCAAGACCGUGAGUGCAAGCCAUUUUUUGUGUGUGUGUGUGUAUAUGUGUGUAUGUAUAUAUAUAUAUAUAUAUAUAUAUAUAUAUAUAUAUAUAUAUAUAUAUAUAUAUAUAUAUAUAUAUAUAUUUAAGCACACAUGUCUUGCUCCUAAUUGGGAUAUUUUUUUGGAAGUCUCAUUAUCUCAAGCUACUGUUAUUGUGCCUAUCUGGGAAAUAUCAUUAGCUUGAAGCCUGCAAAGUAUGUUUGAAUCGAUGGGCUUGAUAGAUACAGGUUUAGUCACUUAUCUGGGAUUUUUGGAUAAUUUGUGAAUGACACCACCAGAAAGUAACUGGACUGGUUGUCUGACAGCUAGGAGAUAUAAGAUGAUUAAUUUAUACAAGUACUAAUUGCUAUUGAAGUCUGAACUUUUUGUAUAAAGAAAAAGAAAAGGACACACACAAAGCACUUAGGAAGCGAAGUGCUUUAGGGGUCUGGGGUGUAACUUUUAGCAAUCUAAGCUGCCUAGGACAAAACAUUAUUGGCUAACCCGGUGAAAUACAGUAGACUACUCUAUACACCAAGGGUGCCCAAACGGUAGAUCCCCAGAUGUUGUUGUACAACUACAACUCCUUGGAUACUUUUCGUGCUUUUAGAAUGACAAAGAAUCAUGGAAGAUGUAGUUUUAGAACAUCUGGGGUAAACUGAUUUUAUUUAUUUUGAUUUUGUAAUUGUAAGCACAUUGCCUUCCUGACCACCAGCCUGUAUACAGUAGCUAAGGGCGUUGCAGUACCAUUUCCAUUAUAAUUUCAGUUUGAAGCCUUCCCAGGCUACAACUCUUGAUGCCCAUUCCUUCUUGACUGCAAACCCCAUUAUCCACUAUAUCUCCAAUUUUCCACUCUUCUCUAAUAUACUUUACCUUGUAAAAUAGAAAUUAAGAUCACUAUAUAAUGUAAUUACAAGGGAAAUUGGUCAUUGAUUUAUUGACCUGGCUUUUUUAAUUUGCUUUGUUGCAUUUGUUUAGCUUUGAGUUGAUUUUUGCUUUAAAAACUCACAAAUUAACUUCUCAUAUUGUGCUGCUGCUAGGUUUUAAAGGAUUACUAUAGGGUCAGGAACACACACACGUAUUCCUGACCCUAUAGUGUUUAACCUACCAUUUAGGUGGCUUGCCCCCCCCAAUAAAAGUUUUUAAAUGCGCCUUAUUUCCAGUGACGCACGGGUCCACUGGCGCUGGCAGCUUUUUAGCCAAUCCAAUGCUUUCCCUAUUUCCCAUAGGGGAAAGCAUUGGAUUGGCUAUAAUUGGCAUGGGGGGCGAGGCCAACUGCCCUUUUGGCCAAUCAGGACCUCCUCAUAGAGAUGCAAUGAAUCAGUGCAUCUCUAUGAGGAAUAUUCUGUGUCUCCAUGCAGAGCGUGGGGAUGCUGAAUGGCCGGGCGGCUCACUGCAGCCCUGAGCCAGGAAGCACUCCAGUGGCCAUCUAAGGAGUGGCCACUUGGAGGUGUCCCUAGGGGCAAUGUAAACACUGCCUUUUCUCUGAAAAGGCAGUGUUUGCAAGAAAAUGUCUGAAGGGAGCUAUUAACAUUAAGCUGUAGUUGUUCUGGUGAUUAUUGUGCCCCUCUAAUGUUUGACUCAACUUCUUAUUUCUAAUAUGAACAGAGCAUUGUCAGUUUGGAGGUAUGGCCUAAAUUGUAACUAUUUAAAAAGGGAGUGACAGAGGACUGGUACAGUGUUGUUCAGCCACCAUACAUUAUUUGAACGCCCUUAUUUUUCUAAUAGACAAUGGGCUUUUAUGUUUGUCAGUGGACUAGAGUAAAACCUAUAGUCGAUAUUUUAUAGAAUCUACAUUUUAUGAAAUUAUUUUUUUUUUCUUCUUCUAGUAAUUUUCUAGUUUCCUUUUAUAGUGUUGCUGCUUUUAUUUUAGUUUUCAUAACACUGGCUGAUACGGGAGCUCAUAAAAAGAAGCUCUUGGUCUGUUUUUUUUUUUUUUAAACUGGUGCAGACCGCUAGCAAUAUUUACCUGCUGUCCAGUGUUCUCUGGUGAAUCAGGAUGCAGCUACAAUGGGACAUCACUCGAUUCCAUGUGGACACUUAAUUAAGUGACUUUGUAGUUCUUCCCAGCCUUACACUACCCCCUUUAAACCCUUUAGAGUGAACCUGUAGUGACGAGUAUAGGUAUGCAGUUUUUUAACCAUCUGAGUUUACUCGUGUUCUAAAAUUAAGUGUUUAUUUCCUUAAUAGUAUUAAAAGCUCAUAGUUUAAUAUAUUUCCAUUAUCCCUGCCGAGAGCAUCAAUCAUAUUUUUAGUGGAUUCUAAACUUUCUAAUAGACACAUCUCCUGUUUGGGAAGCACAGACUUUCUUUCCAUAACCAACUAAAAGCUCCCAACACCUUAUGUUGCCUUUAUGAUACAUAAAUAAAACAUAUCUGUUCUUUGUUUCUAUCUCCAUUCUCAGACUGCCUUUCCAAAGCUACUGCAAUAAAUCAUUCUGGCUGUUUCUCUCAACUCUGCUGGUGCUGCUUUCACAUAGAGCUUGCAUCUCCUCUUUCUUUCCCUUGCAGGCAUUGCUUUUCCAUAGGCUGAAGGCAAGCUAGAUAUGCCCAGACAUGCAGAGCACAGCCUUCUUAGCUCUGUUGCGAUCUGCACAGACUGAACUGAGAGAAGGAGGAAAGGGCUGUUGUUUUUAUUUAUUUUUAAAUUCUUUAUUUUGUUGUGCCAAAGUUAACAUAUAGACUCAUGAAGACAUUUUAUCAAGAUUUUAGUCUGCAUGGGAAGUAAAAAAUGUCAUGAAUAAAGUUAUUUUUAUAAUAUAAAGUAGAGUAUACAAGUGUGUGUCAAGAAAUAUAAUGAAGGAAAAUGCAUGCUGAGCCUACUGAUCUUACAACGCAGUAGUGUCGUGGGAGAAUGGAGAAUCAGCCACAUUUCCUGCACGAGCAGGCUUCCAGCUGUACCAGCAGCAAUCACCAGCUACUAUUACGGAGAGCUACUAUCGGGAUCAAGAGGGAGAUGGCUGUGUCACUGAAUUGCAGAGGGACUCUAUUGAAGGUUCUUGGCUUUGGCAAAACUCCAUAAAUCUACCUUAAAAUCAAAGAGCCUCCACAACAUGCAUCUUGCUCUGUCAGCUGCCAAGCCCCGCCCUGAAAGGGCUGUUUUAAAUCUGAUUUUAAAGACGUGUAACACUUUCAUAGAAAUUGUUGUAGUACGUUCUCCGUUCCUAUACUGCCUAGCCAGUGCUAGCAGUUAUAUUCUUUUUUUUUUUUCUUAGUCCCAGUUCCACCUAUUACCAUGGCAAUCAGAGCAUAUGCUGUGGUUGGGUGGAGAGCAGAGAGACCUCCUGUGGGAGGUUUCUUCUUCUCCCGGUCUCUCAAUUCCUCUGGAGUGAGAGAGAUGAAAGAAAAACCUAUCUUUAAAUAGUUUUUUCCUCCUAAUCUAAACAUUUGUUAGCAAAACUGCUAGCAUAAUAUAUAGAUCAAUUUUAAGCUCUUUUAUAUAGAGCUUUAUAUUUAUAGAGUUUUAUAUUUGAGUUUUCUAUUAAGGGAAACAUGAAAAUGUAGAUAUUACCCUUUCCUUUCCCCCCUGCACGUAUGUGCUGUUAGUGUGUUUAGACGUAACACCGUGAAUAGUAGAUAGGUCUGGGGGGGGGAAAAAAAAAAUCCAUUGAUUGUCUGAUACUUGCUCCUGGAUUCUAAGGAAUAUUGUUUUAUUAUAUUGAAUUUUUUAAUCUCUCUAUAUAGAUAUAGAUAGAUAUAUAUAUCUCACUAUAUAAAUUCCUGACAGAGAAAAUUCCUCACUAUUUUUAUAUAUCUUUUCAUAGUAUGUUCUCUACUCAAAAUUUUUAUUAAAUCUCUGGACGCUGUUGGUCUGGGCUCAGUGCCUACAGCCAGAAUAAGUAAAUGCUCUUAUAUUUUGAGGAGUACAAAGCUUAGCUCUUUGUGCUUUCACUAGCUGAAUCUUAAAAGCAUGGGUUACUUAAUGUGGAUGUAUGUGCUUUUACCUUCUGCAAACAUCACCUGCCUAAGUGUAUAUGGCCACUGCAUGAACUAUGGGUAUACCUGCUUCGUGUAAAGUUUUUGAACAUGAAAUUCAUAUUUCGUUUAAUUAUGUUUUGAGCUCCCUACUGGGUUUCCAAUGUGUUUUGGCAGACCUUUAUAGUAAACAUGGUAUCUAUGGAUGGAUAUAAUUGUUUUUUGUUACUUAUUUUUCGAAUUCCAAACACAUUUUAUAACUUUAGUUUGUAUGCUAUUUACUUUUAAAGCAGCAUUUUAGGGUGGAGCAAUCCGCCUUUUCAUCAUGAACAAUAAACUCCUGUGUUUACUCCCAGUAGUUAUUUACUAAUAAAAUAUUUUACCAGGAAGGAUACAAUGAGAUAUUCUCAUUUUCAAGUAUGUCCUGGGACCACAAACACUGCAUUGUUCAAUAAUACUUGGGCAUCUUCUAAAAAUGUAAUUUAUUUAUUUAGCAGUAUUAAUUUUUGUUUUGUUAAUACGGUUUUCCAUUUGAGCAGACCUUAUUGGCAUAGUGAUCCCCUUUUCCCCAAAAUAACAUCAAAGAAAGAAAACAUCCUAUGUUGUCAGGUAAAGGCUAACGUCUCCCUCUUCCGGUAAUGUUCCCCCCCUUUACUGCAGGUGGAGAUAUGUCCUAGAGUAUGUGUUAUGGGGAGAGAGGUGCCAAAGAUGCACCGAUGUAAUUUUAGCCUGCCCGCAAUUCUCACUGUGCGUCUGACUUUCUCCACUAUAAAUUUAUGCUUCACUCAUUCAGCUUGGCUCUUACCUCUGCAAAAGUAAAUUACUUCAAUACACUCAUAACCACACUCUCCCACAAACCCAAACGACUGUUUCGCACAUUUAACACUCUUCUUCGCCCUAUUGUUCCUCUUCCACCUACUAACUUGACCGCCUCAGACUUUGCAACUCACUUCACUGACAAGAUCUCUACAAUCAAGGAAGAGUUCUCUCAUCUGUCUUCUUCCCCUUACAAUACUUUCCAUUACCUCACUCCCUCUCUUGUUCUUUGUUCAUUCGCACCUGCUACAGCAGAAGAGGUUUCUGCUCUGCUCCAGUCCUCCCGCCCUACCACCUGCUACUUAGAUCUAGUUACCUUGCAUCCGUACUCUGUCGUCUUCUUUCUCUACCUUUCACUAAAAUUCUCAAUCUCUCAUUUUCUCCCCUCUGGCAGAUUUCCAUCGCCCUUCAAACAUGCAACUAUAACCCCAAUUCUAAAGAAGCCCAACCUUGACCCGAACUCCCCGUCCAACUACCGUCCUAUCUAGCUACUGCCUUUUGCAUCCAAGAUCAUUGAAAGAGUUGUGUAUGCGAGACUGAUAGACUUCCUCGAGUCCAGUUCACUGCUAGACCCACUUCAGUCUUGUUUCCGCACUAAGCACUCUGUAGAAACAGCACUGACCAAAGUAUCCAAUUAUCUACUCGCUGCAAAAUCUUGUGGUCAGUACUCUAUCCUAAUUCUCCUUGACCUUUCUGCAGCUUAUGACACUGUUGAUCAUCAACAGCUUCUUCUCAUCCUCCGCAUAUCGGUCUACAAGAUAUUGCUCUCUCCUGGAGCCACUCCUACCUCUCCCAGCGCUCUUUCAGUGUUUCUUUCUCUGGCUUUACUUCUUCUCCCCAACUCCUCUUUGUUGGUGUCCCUCAAGGUUCAGUCCUUGGUCCCCCUACUGUUCUCCAUCUAAACUGCCUCCCUUGGUAAAAUUAGCUCCUUUGGCUUCAAAUAUAAUUUCUAUGCGGAUGACAUGCAAAUCUAUCUGUCCAGUCCUGAUCACUCCCUGUCCCUCUUGACUACCGUCUCUAACUGCCUCUCUGCUAUUUCUAACUGAAUGGCUGCCCACUUCCUUAAACUCAACUUGACCAAAACUGAAAUUCUGGGCUUUCCUCCCUCAAGUGUUGAUACUCCUGUGUCUGUCUCCCUCCAAGUCAACGGUGCUACCAUCUGCUCCACCACGCAGGCUCGCUGCCUAGGUGUUCUCUUUAACGCCGACCUCUCCUUCAUGCCUCAUGUUCAGUCUAUCGCCAAAUCCUGCCGCUUCCAUCUCAAAAACAUUGCGCACAUCCAACCCUACUUAACGCUGGAUGCGUCUAAGGUGCUGGUCCAUUCCACUGUCCUUUCUCACCUUGACUACUGUAAUCUGCUUCUCAGUGGUCUUAUGUGCUCCCAACUUGCACAGUUACAGUCCAUAAUGAAUACGACGGCGAGGUUCAUCUUCCUGUCUGCUUACACCACCCACGCCUCACCCUUCUGUCAGUUCCUACAUUGGCUUCCUGUAAGAUGUAGGGCACAAUUUAAAAUUCUGGUUAUUGGUUUCAAAUUUCUGCAUAAUGCUGCUCCCACCUAUCUAUCCUCCCUAAUACACAAGUAUGUCCCAUCUAGGCCCUUAUGCUCUGCUGAAGACUUACGUCUAUCUUCUUCUGUCCCUACUCCCACCUCUGAUGCUCGCCUUCAAGACUUCUCAAGGGCUGCACCAUUCCUGUGGAACUCACUUCCCUCCUCUGUUAGAUGCCCACCCAGUCUCCACUCCUUCAAAAAAUUAUUAAAAACCCACUUUUUAAAAGCAUAUCAAUUAAACUGUUAAUAGCUCUCGACUGAUUCGUCUCUUGCAACUGUCAUUAGUCUAAUACUAUCCUUACCUUUUGUGUCACUUUACCCCACUCCCUCUAGCAUGUAAGCGCAGGGCCCUCAACCUCUCUGUUCCUGUGUGUCCAACUUGUCUGGUUACAACAACAUGUUUGUUUGUCCACCCACUGUAAAGCUCUGUGGAAUUUGUUGGCGCUAUAUAAAUAACAUUUUAAAAGGUUGCUAAAUAUGCUGCCAGAGGUGGAGUUGUACUUCUGGCAGCAAAGUUCUUUAGCUCUGUAGAUGAAGGGUUACAAAACAUUUUCAGGUAAGUAAAACCUUCCUUUCACUUUACCACCUAGCCACAGCACAGCAAGUGAAGGUGUCACCAUAUUUUGCAAAGACCCCAUUUGGUGACACAAUCGCUUUAAUAUUAUCAUAAAAACAUUUUAGUUAUCUUACUUGUAUUCAUAUACAGUGGGACCUCUGUUUACAAACGCCUCGGUUAACAUAAUUUUUGGUUUACAAAUGAAAAUCCAUUGAAAAUAAUGCCUCAGUGUACAAAUUUUUUUCGCACUAAAAAAGCAAGUUUCCCCAGGAUGCAUUGCACCUGGGAGGUUUAUAGCACGGCUCCCUGCAUGCUGGAGCCUGUGGGUAGCACACGGCGACGAGUGUGGAGGUGUUGGAGCGGCUUUUGCAUUGAGUUUUGGAGCCAUUUUGGCAAAUGUUUGCAGUUGUUUUGCGACUUUUUGGUGCAUUUCUCAAGCUGUGGAAAGGUAGGGAGCUGAGCUUCAUCGUUUGCAGAACACACAAUAAAGGGCAUGCAUUGUGGGUUCGUUUCCAUGCCAGCUCAUUUUGACUUUUUUUUUUCUGACCUCCAGAACGUUAAAAUGUUUUCAAUGCAUUCCUAUGGGAAACCGCAUUUCGGUUUACAAAUCUUUCGCAUUAAGAAACGUCCCGGAGAACGCAUUAACUUUGUAAAUUGAGGUCCCACUGUAUUAAAAAUAUCUGCACUAAAUGCUUGAUUUCUGGUUCUUUUUUUAAUUGGGGGGAACAACAAAGGAUUGGAGCAGCAUCACAAUGCAAGAAUGAAUGCUAAAAUAAAAACCAUUUGAAAGAAUUUAUGUGCUCCCUUCUGAUGCUGUUAUAUGUUGGCAUGUAGUAUAUUAUUCAGAUUACCUGCAUUAUAUCUCAAACCUUUGAAUAUUAAAUAAUGAGGGGUGGGGCUGGGUUGAUAAUUAGAAGUAAAAUGUCAUGCUACCUCAUUUUAACACCGUGGAAUUUGAAUUUAGUCUUGGCAAUAAUAGUUCAAGGCGCGCUAUAGUGUUAUGUGCCUUUAACUAGACCAUCAGUAACACAUUGUUAUAGAGAUAGAAAACAAAAACUGAAAUUUGCCAUUCACAGCUGCAGAUUGCCAAAAUAUUUUGGGAAAUUGUUUGGCUAAAUUUAUUACGUAAUCCAGGAUGUUUUGUUUCUGCAACAACUGUGUAUUUAAGCAUUAUGUAUUUUGAAAUCUUCUGAGUUUCUUCAGUUCUUGCUGAAAUAUUCAUCUUGUUUCUUGCCUCUUAGGCUUCUGAGAUUGUGUUCCUGGCUGCUGUCCUGUACUGGACUUCAGGAUAAGGUCUAUAACACAGUUACUCCAUGUGCAGCAGCUUAAAGCAUUGUGUGAAAUUUGCCUGAGUACUUUGUGUGCCCACACUUGUGUUAUACAUAAGAUUCCUUCUGUUAUACUUGUUGCUGUGCAAAUGCUUUAACAGCUUUGCUUAAAGACUCGUUACAUUUCAAACUUUACAAAUCCUCUAUAAAUGGCUACUCCAAAAGAUCUUUCCGGUAUAAAAUGCACUAUGGAGAAAACAAAUAAUUCACCUGGAAUGCAUCGUUAAGUGAAGCCCCUGGCACGGACUUCCGUGAACCCUCAGUUGUCACAGGGAAUGUACGUGGUCCAAUCACAGGGCUCAGGGCACAUGCACCCAUAGUGAAGCCUAUGAUUGGUCUAUUUCACCAGCUCAGGGCACAUGCAAACAUUGGGCACCCUCAUGCAAACACAGCUCUCACACACACAGCACCCUCACACACACUGCUGCACAAUAUGCUUUCCUAGUAUUUUUGUCUCCUGGUAUCCCAACUAUGGAGACACCAGAGACAAAUUUCAAGCAAACACAGUGCAAGCAUGUUAUUAAACUUGCUUGCGCGGUGCAGAACAAAUACAGGGUCUUUUUCUCAUGCCAGAGCUCUUCAGCAGAGCUCUGCGCAUGGUCUACCCUGGAAGAGCAUUGAACAAACAUGCUCACUUUGUGAUGGGGCGUGCUUGUCAUUGGUGAUGACAAAACACACCCUAUCUUGCCCCACCCCCUUUUUAGUGGGCCGCUGUAGUUAAAAAAUGCCCGGGCCGAAUUUUCUUCCCAGUCCGGCCCUGCUUGCAGUGAUAAGUAACAUUUUUUUUUAAGCCUGGCUAGUAGUAUAGAGCUUGAAUUAAGGCCUGUAAAUUUACACAUGGCAGAGUCUGAUUUACCAAUCUACAGAUUAGUCUUUCAGUCUUGUUGCCCAUUAGGGUUGGUAGGAGUACUCCAAACAAGAGAGAAGAUUUUUUAAUAAGAGCUAAUGAAAAUGGGUAUAUAUAAUAUCAUGAAAACCACCGUAAACUCGCUCCAUCGUGGCAGUAAAUGUGCUCAAAUUUCUCAGUGCCGGCAGCAAUGUUUCUCCAAUUCUAAAAAAAUUAUUGUAGCCAACACAUCUCUUCACUGGGCAUCAAAAUAGAGGAGGGGGGGACAAAAAAAUCCCCAAAAACUAAGUGAAACUGAGAACUGAACGUAUUUCACAUCAUUAAUGGACACUUUUUUUCUCCAUACUGAUUCUCGGUGCAGAGAUGUGUUGGAUACAAUUCUUAUCACUUCUGCUUAUUAUGUUGGGCAUGACCUGCUCACAAUAUUUUUUUAAAAAUCUGCACUACAAGAACAUACACGUGUGUGUGUGUGUGUAUAUGUGUGUGUGUGUGUAUGUAUAUGUAUAUGUGUAUUAUAAUAUUAUAAUUUUGUAAGCAAAAUGGCUGCACUUAGCAGAUGGCAUCAUGUAUGUCUCAACACGGGGCGUUACCACAUCACUAUACCCUCUGUCAUGUAUUUAGAGCUAAAGUAUAUGAGUAUACUACUUAAUAUUUAUCUAGAGCUAUAUAGUACGUAAGUCCUGAAAUGAAUAACUGUCAAGUCUGAGAGUUCUCCUUAAUUCAGUAUUGCUAAAAAUAACACUGCAAUUGCUCCUCCCUGGGCAGAGUCUUGUUUGCACAAGGAUGUUUCUUCCAAUUGUAUUUGUGCUAUCAAAUAGUUUUAUUAGUAAUAAUGCAGCACUUUGAUUUUGAGGUGGCACCCUCUUAGUAUACAAAAGCUUUAUAUUAACAGGCACUUACUUAUUCCUAUGAUUUCGCUGUUUAUUUUAAAACGUUUUGUUUUUAUUUUUUUAAAAGCAGACUAAAAUAGCUGUCUUUUAGAAUAAUUGGUAACAUUGUUGCCCAUGGAUAGGACUGCUCUGCAAUGUAAUAAUGUGCAAAGAUUGUGCCCUUAGAUGUGGGACAGGGCUCGGAUUGGGACUGCCAUGUGGGGUCCAGUAUAGAAGUGUGUACAUAAACAUUUUGUGAGCAGCAGUCAUUUGGAAAUGCAUUUUUAGAACGGUAUUUGGGUCACAGGGCAAAGGAAAGUUGAACCUAAGAAGAAUUCUUAUUUUAAAGGGAAUCAGUCCUGCUUAUUUGGCCCUACACUCCCCCAUCUCUAUCUCCUUACUGAGGUGAGUGUUACAUUUCUGCCCAUCUACGCUCCUCUUCUGUUCUUUGCUGAUUUGCCCUACUUGGAGACACUUUCCCAAGCAGGGCAAGCCUCACCCAUGAUGCCGAAACACUGGCUUUGUUGCAGCUUGCUAGUAGCUAGAGAGCUACCACAGCAACCAAAGCGUAUGCCCUGUGGUUGCUAUGGGUGGAAGAGGUAUCUUCUGCCCUUCCUGUCUCUCAAUUCAUUGCUAUUGAGUGUCUGCUGAAGAAUUGAGAGAGAUUGGAGAAAAACAUAUUUUUAAAAAGAUUUUCUCCAAAUCUAUACAUUUCCUGUAUAAAUGGAAUUUCAAUCCUUUAUAAGAGCUGUAGUUAAUUGUAUCACGACAGGUUCUCUUUAACCUUAUCUAUUUCCUGUAAAGACUUUCAGAAUCUAGUUGUACACAAUCACUUAAUGGAACGCUACAUUGGAAACGAGGCACGUGUUCUGCACUGCUGUUGAGGAUGGUUGUGCUGCAUCAGGAAGUGUGGUCACAAUAUUCUCCACUUGUUUGUAAACAUAUUUUUGCUAAUUGUUUUUCAUUUUUAUUAAAGGGACUGACAUCCACAAAUAGAUGAACGCAUACUCUCUCUAAGAUGACUGCUGCAAUGUAUGCUUGUAGCUUUACUUGUAGUUAAGCACCUGUUGGCAUGGCAUUCUACCGUACCUGAUGUGCUCAUAAUGAGAUAACCAGUGUCUGCGUAUCCCAUCCAAUACGUUAUAGCAGCCAUAUUUUUAUGUGGCGAGGAACAUUGCAUACUUGGCACCAGAAACGCAUCGGGACAGCAAACUAUAGCUGGCUGUUUGUAUAGGUAGAAUUACCAGUCUGUCCUGUUUUUAGUUUUAGUGUGAAGUAUUAUUGCUUACAGAAAAGUAGGCACCUUGGUAUAGUCGGCAUUAUUUUAUUUUGUAGUGUCAACUCACAGCAUAGUGGUUUUAGUUUAUUUUUUUGGGAUCAUUCCUUUUGCACGUUAGCUCGAAUCAAACACUAGAAAGAGCAAAUGAAGUGUCCAGAGUUUCUAAAGAUAUUGCAAGGGUUUUCUUGUCACAUUUUUGCUUCAUCCUCAUAUUGCAUAUUCUUAAUGAAGAAAUGCAUGUAAACUAAUCUAUCUAAUUCUGAUUUACCCAGAAAUAGAAAAACAUGUUAUUUAAAGGUGACAUCAUUAAAAUGGAUUUUUAAGUUUUAAAUUAUUAGUGCUAAAUGGGAAGAUUCUUAUUGUGUGAAAUGUUCUAGCAUAGUGUUUGUGAUAUCAAUUUUAAUAAGUAUUGGAUCAUAUAUGAUUUGUUAUAUACAAUGGCACACUGUGCAAAGGAUGCAAUUAGAAAGUAUGUGAGCGGCAGAGGUUGGCAUGUUGAAACUAAAUGUAUUUUGAUUCUUCUUUGGUUUUUCAGCAAAUAGAAAUGAUUAGAGCUCCAGGUGUGUAAUACAUUAUAUGGGUUGUAGUCCCACAAUGGCUUUGCAGGGGUUUCUGAAUAUGAACCGGCAUCAUAAUGAAAACAAUGGCAAAAUAAUAAAAUCAGGACCUUUGGGAUUUGGAGUAUAAAAGGGUAAAAUAUUUUGUGUAGUUUUUAUUUAUAUUAUAUAUUUUCUAUAUGCAUUAACUCCGCGGUUCCCAACCCAGUCCUUAAGAACCCCUCUGACAGUCCAGGAUUUAGGGAUUGCCCAGUUGUGUCUAAGGUGUUUUUAGAAGAAAAAGAAACACUUUAGACACCAUAGAGUAAUCCCUAAAUCCUGAACUGUUAGGGAGUACUUGAGAACUGGGUUGGGAACCCUGCAUUAACUGAAAGUUACACUGCAAUUUAUAGGACAUAGACAGAGGAUUGGCACUGGAUCAGGAAUUGCAGCAUAUGUAUUAAGGAGCCAAAACUGUUAGAGUUUGGGUGCAAUAUCAUCUGCUUUUUGGGAUUUCUAUGUGGAUAGGGGGUGUAAGCCUGUCCAUGACUAUGCCAUCUUGCAAAUGAAAACUUAGUACGAAGGCUCUUAUUGGGCCUAUAGCAUUUGCAAGCUCUUUUGUUGCCGGUUAGGAUGUUAAUAUGACAAUAUACCCCCACACAUAAAGCAUCAACCCUGACCUAUGUUUCCUUGUGUGCAGUUGGCAAUGAGUUAUCAAAUUUAGAAUAAAUGCGAGUGUAUCUUUUUCUUUAUGUAAAUGUAUAACUCUGGCAUUAUAUAACACUUUUUUUUUAAUUUUAGGUGUUAAACAGAUUUACAUAUUUUAAAAGAUUCUGCUCUGGCAUUUUUAUAUUUAGUUGUACAGGGGUUGUUUUUGUUUUUUUAAAUCACUCCUGUCAAUUUCAGAUAUUUGGAGCCUUGGCGUUAUCCUCUUCAUGUUGGUUUGCGGUACUCCCCCGUUCCAAGAGGCAAAUGAUAGCGAAACACUGACUAUGAUCAUGGAUUGUAAAUACACUGUCCCCAAGCAUGUAUCCAAAGAGUGCAAGGAGUAAGUGCCAUCAUGUACCAUAUCCAAUACAAUUUACAAGCAAGCAAAAGUUGUGGGUGUUCUUUUUUUUUUAUUUUUUUUUUUUUUGUUCAUGUGUAGUGUACAAGUUUAGUACCUUUGUUACUUUUGCAGAAUUUUGUUAAGUACUUCAUUUUGUUUCACAGUUUAAUAACUCGCAUGCUCCAGAGAGAUCCUAAGCGAAGAGCAUCCCUUGAAGAAAUUGAAAAUCAUCCUUGGCUCCAGGGAGUUGACCCAUCACCUGCUACAAAGUAUAACAUCCCUCUUGUGUCCUACAAAAACCUCUCGGAAGAGGAACACAAUAGCAUCAUACAGCGCAUGGUCCUUGGUGACAUAGCAGACAGAGAUGCCAUUGUAGAGUAAGUUACAAGCCUCAUGAUACUAGUGUUUUGUUGUUUUUUUUGUUGUUGUUUUUUUCCUCUCCCUGCCCCUGCACCCGGUGGGGUGAGGGGGGACACACUCUUAAGUAUUUUCUGGAAUAGGUUUUUUGUUUUUUUUGUUUUUAGCUUUAGAAUUUAAUAUUUCUUUAUAAUCUCUUUGAAACACAUAUGCAAUAACUUCAUAGAAAAUAUCUUGUUUCUGUACAUUAGCUUUAUUGCUACUAAAUUUAGACUUAUUGUAAUGUCUCCAUUUAGUUAUGGCACUAUAUUGUGCCUUUCUGGUUGAGGUUGACACAAAUAUUGGCUAAUAAACAGAAAAAGUGCUUUGUUCACAGAUCCAAAAUGCAUGAUCUCUGCUUAAGCCCGCCCAUAAUAUGUAUUGUACGAAUACAUCAAACACCACUACAAAAAAAAUCGCUGUUCCUACCGUUCCAUAAACAUAUUCAAGCUUUGUGUCAGGAAUAUCGUGUUUUAUUUGUGGUUUCUGAAAUAUGUUUAGUCCUGACAUUUGUGUGUUCUCAAUUAAAGUGAUAUGUGUUUUAAAAUUAGUUGCUAAGAACAGGCAUGACAAAGGAAACUGAAGUAACAUUUACUGGUUAUGUUUUGGGGAAUUUCUGAGCAAAAGGAAAUCAUUUUAGCUCUGUGAUCAAUGCAAGCUAAUCUGAACUGAAAUAAAUGAAAAUAGGGGUUUCAUGGAUAAUUUGUGUUGGGUAUACCAGGUAUUUAGGCAAUUUUGUUUGCCAAGUUUCUUAGGAAUACUGCUAGAACUCUUUGUAGUUGUAAUUGCCUUGAAGUGCUCCUCUGUUCCAAAUAGAAAGGCAUUGCUCAACAUGGAGGUUAGGUGUGAUAUCUGGGGUAAUGCCAGGUUUAUUUUGAUACAUUUUAUCUAGAAGGAAAUACAUGUACAGUUGUAAUGAAAAUUAUUUAACCCCCAUUGAAAAUCAGAUUUGUCAAAAGUGACAGACUUUCAGCUGUUUGCAAUGAACAAAUUAAGUUGUCAUAAAUUGCAUUUUCAGUUGAAUUUGGGGAAACCAAUUGAAGCAUCCCUUGUGUUGAGCGAUUUCAAGUGGUUUUCCCAAAUUAAACUGAAAAUGCAACUUGUGACUUCAUUUGUUCAUUGCAAACAGCUGAAAGUCUGUAAAUUUUGACAAUAAACCUGUUGGGGGUUGAAUAAUUUUCAUUACAACUGUGUAUUAUUAUAGAGGAACAUUUUUUUUUUAUUUUUUUUUGAACAUCAGCAAAAUAAGUUUUUUUUUUUUUUUUUAUUAUUAAAAGAGUUGCAUUUCCUGUUUUCGCAGUGCCUUGGAAACCAACAAAUACAACCACAUCACCGCUACAUAUUUCCUGUUGGCUGAGAGAAUACUGCGAGAGAAACAAGAGAAAGAAAUCCAAGCGAGGUCGGCCAGUCCCAGUAACAUAAAGGCCCAAUUUAGGUACAAAUUUAUCUGUUUCUUUCUAGUUGAUUUAUGUGGUUACCAAGUGAGAAAAGGAGGGGGGAAAAUAAGUGGUUAGUAAUCUUUGACAUUACAACUUCUGUGGACCAAGAGGCUUGAAAUAACCUAGUCCAUGGUAGUUGGAGUGCUGGAGAUUAUCCAUCAUCAGUAGAAGGAUAUUAGAGGCCUCUCUUUGUAAAGGCUUGGGUGCCUUUUAAUUUUUCAAUGAUUCCUCCUGUUGUUUGCAUGUGCAUGUCCUUAGUUUACGCACGCACACAAACACCAGUUUUUACCCGCAGGGGUGUACAAAAGAUACGAUUUGAGGCUUACUUAAAGCUUUCUUUCUCUUCACAUAAAGUUAUACAGGAAAGAGCAAACCUUUUAUUAAACAUUUAUUAAUUUGCACCUUAGGAACUAAAAAAAUUUUUAAAAAAAUAAAUAUUUUCCAUCCUAAAAUUAACUGAAUUUUUUUUUUUUUUUUUCUCAGCUCCAGUUAAAUGUUCUAGCACAUUAUAAAGGGUAUAUCUAUCAAAAGCAAAAAUUUUAACUAAUUUCCUGAGUCCCUUUUGCAUCACUUUCUAUCAUAGAUACAAUAAGAAUGUGUGUUUAAGUGCAAGGGCGGAGAUGAGUCAGGCUUUCAGAGCUACUCUUAUAGUAUAGACCUACCACUCCAUUAAGGUCUAUUUUUAUUUCUGCUUAUCAUUCUUAUUUUUGUGGUGUGUUGGGCAUAAUUUUUGCGUUCCUUUCCCCCAUGCUUUGAAAUGACAAUGUUUGGUUUAUUUGGAUGAUUUUAUAUUAUUGCAUGCCCCAUUUAAUUCAUUUAGCACACAUGCAUGUGACUAACAUUUACGAUUAACAGGAGCUUGUAGAAAUAAGCUGCUUUAUUAGGCUUUUGUAAACACUGAAAUACUGACAAAUAUGUAAUCUUCAACAUACCAACAGAUGAAUAAUCUGUCAGAGUUCUUGGAAUGUAUUUACUUCUGUAAACUAUAUACUAAAAGAUAAAUAAUUUUGAUAAACACAGAGUUGGAUAAUUUGUGGCCAUGCCAUAUUCCUAAAGUGGCUUUCCUAUGCUUUUUUUUUUUUUUUUUGUUUUGAUUUAUAUUUAUUUUACUUUCAAGUGCAACAAAUGUUGUUAUAUAACAAAUAUUACAUUUGAACAUGUUUUAGUGACCUCCAAAAUGGUAUUCUGGUAUGUUAUGUUCCCAGUCAUCCUUGAUUAGACAUUACCCUUGACCUAUAUGCACAUCCCAUGGUUUCCAGUCAUCUCACUAUUAAUGUCUGUGUGUAUGGUAGGUUACGCUGUGUAACUGUAACCACGAAGUCUUAUUUUCUUGAUGCAACAUAACAUCAGCACGUUGUAGUGGCUAUGCUGCCUGGAGUGCCCUAGCACUGUUUUGUAAUAUCAAUCAGUUUAAGAAUUAUAUAAACCAGGCUCUUCUCAUUGCACAAGGACUAUGUCUUGGCUGCAUUGAAAAUGUGUAUUUUUUCAGUGACAAUUCCAUCAAACAUGAGUGACAUAAACUGGGGCUGUUCAACAAUCUCAGCCAAUUAAUAUACCAUUCCUAAGUGGUAUGCAUCUCUCUAGAUGAGCAUCAUGGGAAAUGUAGUCCAGAAACAAUUUAUGGUGUCAAGGUUAGCGAUCAUUGUUCUGUAGUAUGUAAAUGUGACAUUAAUACUAUCCUGAUCGAGUUAGGGGGGGAAAGUUUGUGCCUUGGAAAUUUUUCUCUCAUUGUAGUGUGCUUUAGUCCAGAAAAGUUGGAAGCCAUUGCUCUAGGUAAAAUAACUGCAACAGCAAGCUGUCGUGAUAUUUGUUGCUUAACGUUCUCCUCGGAACUUUCUUUCUUUUUUCUUUUUCUGCGGUUUUGAUCCUUUUACCAAUUUAAUAGAACUAACUAUUCAUGUGUUUUGCUUCUUAGGCAAUCAUGGCCAACAAAGAUUGAUGUUCCUCAAGGCCUAGAUGAUGACUUGACAGCUUCACCAAUAGCUCAUGUAGCUGUUCCACCGUCUCCUGCUCGUAGUGCAGAGAAUGUUCUGAAUGGCCACAGAAAUAAAGGUUUGGUAGAUCCAUUGAAGAAAGAGGAUGUUCCUGAUUUUGCUGGCCCAGCUGUUUCGGGGCUUCCUCCAGUUAAUCUAAACCCAACAGCUAGUGGAAGAAAAUGUCUCUUCAGGGUUGAGGAAGAUGAAGAGGAAGACGAAGAAGAAAAGAAACCACUCCCUUUGUCUACUCAAGUUGUCUUAAGACGUAAACCCUCUGUUACAAAUCGCCUCACUUCUAGGAAGAGUGCUCCUGUGCUCAACCAAAUCUUUGAGGAAGGGGAGUCUGAUGAUGAGUUUGAUAUGGACGAGAAUCUUCCACCGAAGUUAAGUCGGUUAAAAAUGAACAUAGCAUCUCCUGGGACAGUGCACAAACGAUAUCAUAGACGGAAAAGUCAAGGUCGAGGUUCCAGUUGUAGUAGUUCAGAAACUAGUGACGAUGACUCUGAAAGCCGAAGACGUCUGGAUAAAGAUAGUGGAUUUACAUAUUCCUGGCAUAGACGGGAUAGCAGUGAAGGUCCACCUGGCAAUCAAGGUGAUGGUGGAGGUCAAAGUAAACCAAGUAAUGGAAAUACUGGCGUUGACAAAACAAGUCCCAGUGAUAACAAGGGAGGUGGUAGCCCAUCUAACACAUCUGGUGGCAACUCAAACAACACAUCUGGAAAUACCCGUAACUGUGCUGGUUCUGGAAACUCUGUGCAGCAAUCACCAAGAAGUGCAGGUGAACUGGUAGAAAGUCUAAAACUAAUGAGUUUGUGCUUGGGUACCCAGCUGCAUAAUGGAGCAAAGUAUAUAAUAGACUCUCAGAAUAACCUAUCAUUUUCAAGCGUCAAAGUGCAGGAGAAAUCAAGUUGGAAAAUGUGUAUAAGCUCGAAUGGAGGUGCCAGUAAAGCUACACCCACAGGCAGCUUAAAAUUAUUUUCUGACCACAUGUCAGACACCACUAAUGAACUAGAACUCCUAAAGAACAAGAACUUUAAAAAUAAUGUAUUACAGCUACCUCUUUGCGAAAAAACGAUAUCUGUGAAUAUCCAGCGGAAUCCUAAGGAGGGACUUUUAUGUACCGCAAGCCAAACCAGUUGUUGUCAUGUUAUUUAAUAUUGGCUUAAUGUACAGAGCAUUUUGACAGCAUUCUUCAUGCUUAUGGCUGUGAACUUUUUUCUGAAUUCCAUUUUGUUGUCUUAACGGUUUUUUUUUUUUUGUUUGUUUGUUUGUUUUUUUAAAUUGUUAUUAUAGUGGGCUGUAUUGUAAUUGUAUCUUAGCUAUUAUUUAUUCCUUUUUUUUUUUGCGUGUUGCCAGAUUGGUCAGCAGUGCAUUCUAUUUGUGCAUGCUGCUGACGCCUUUUUUUUUGUUUGUUUUUUUGCUGAUUUUAUAGUGUAAAUUUUAUGUUUUAAUAAUCGGUAUUCACGUUGAGUGUAACCUUGACCAUACUGUGUGAGGAGCACUUUGAAGUUUCUUAUUCAGCACUUAAGCUAAGAAUUCCUUUUGGUUUUCUUAUGUUAAUUCCAAUCCUAAUGUCUGUGAUUGUGACAUACUUGGGUAUGUCUGAGAAAGAACCAAAGCAAUAAUCUUUUUAUGUUUAAAAACUCCCUUGGAGGGAAGGUGGGGGUGGGGGGGCCUUUCAGAAAUUCCACAGCUUGCACAUAGCAAGACGCACUGAGAUACAGUGUUCCAUUUUAUUUUCUGUCCAGUACCUGUCUAAAAAAGUGGAACCUGUUUACAGCUGCCCAAGAUAUUAAAGCAAACUAUACUCUACUGUAAUGACAAGAGACCACAUUUUUUUUUCUGUGCCCUGUCCUCUUAUCCUUAAUUUGGCUUUUCAGUAUAAUACUCGUGCAAUUUCUCAUUCAUAUGUUAUGACCUAGGGAUAUGGAAAAUAGCCAAGGAGAUUGCCAUUGACUAACUUUCUGUUCUGAAAUCAGACCUUUUAAACAUUGGCCUACAAAAAGACAAGCAGCACACGUAUUGUCAACAGAUUACCCAGGAUCGUAGUGUUCCUGCUGCUUUCAUGUUUUAGAAUCUAGCCUUGGAUUUCUUUUUCCUUUAUGGAAAAUAUAAAUCUGGAUUCCAUCUUAUUAAAGGGGCUAUAAUGAUUCAAACCGAAAUAAGGACACAUAUUGGUAAGGCCAACAAAUUAAAAUGCAAAGCUAAUAUUAUCUACUGUCAACAUUCAGAAGCAGUUGAAGCAAAUCUAUGCAAAUUCCCUAACUUUUUCGUGUGCGUGUGAUCCUGUUUUAGAUGGUGAAUUGCCAUGACUUACACUUGUUUUUGGUUCUGCUUUUCUUUCUGUGGGGCCCAGCUUGUGAGUGAAGUUGUGAACAAUUCUCCAUGAUUUACAGGCUCAUAAAUGCAGAAAUAGUCCCAAAAUGGCAACGCCCAUUACUUGGUCUAUGAGGUAGAGGUAAACUUGGUUAAUAAAAACUUCCAAGAAUAUAGAACAAUUUGUCAUUAACUUCCACUUGCACAAAAGAGCACAUUUACAGAAGAUCGAAUAUGCAUUUAAACAGUUUUGAUCUUGCAUUAUUUUCUUUCUAUAACUUCUAGCUGUAUGUAAGCAGAACAGUGCUCUAAUUGAAUAUGGCAUGCUUUACCUCUGUAUCUUUGCAGGUUUCCUUACCUGCGUUCUCUAAAAUGCAGGGUAUCUUUCAACACUAAAAAUAUAGUGGGCAAGUUGUGUAGCUUUUGACCCCAUUAUGAUAGCUGCUUUGACAGAACUGUUAUAUUAAUGUUUGCCUAAGCUUUCUAGAACUUCUUUGUGUGCUCCUUUUAUAUGAAAGCCAUUUAUAGAGAUCUAAAGCAUUUCUGUCUAAGAAACAUUGAGACUAAACUGAUGAAAAAACAUACAUAUGUUCUGCUGACAUCUGGUGUCUUUAAUCCAGGAUAGCAGUUUUGAUAAGAGGUCAGUAAGCGGUUAAAAGCAGGCAGCAGUAGUAGUAGAUCUCUAACCAAAAAGGGAAUAUUUGAUUGACAUGAGCUGUGCUCCAGCUUUUGGUGAUUUUCCUAACUUUCAGAAGUACCCUAAAUAACUUUUAAUUUUUAGUAUUUUUUAUUUUUUUUGCAAGCUUUCUAUAUGCUGUUGUGCUCUAUACUUAGUGCUCCAUAAUAGGUAUGCACAUUUGCAAAUCUAGCAUGGGUUGAAAUGUAGCAGCUCUGGGACCUGGUUCACAGCUUCUGAAAUUAACAUGGCCCGAGCAAUUACACCCUUUAAGACUACCAAAGAGCUUUAUCUUGGAAAAGAACUCUGUAGUUACACACUGGUUUUCCCAGAUAACAUGCAUUUUCAACUUCCUAUUUCCAAUGUACAAUUUCCCCACCAAAUCCUUUGAUUGGAAUACUGCAUUGACUGUACAGCUAUAGUAUUCUAAUGACUUUUAAACCAGUUUCUUCAAGGCAUUCUAGCAUUUUAUUUACAGCUUUGUUUAUUUGCUAUUUAUUUAAUACUAUAUCCUUAGACACGGUAAAGCCAUAGAACAGGUUUUGCUUUGAAUCCUUAAGCAGGGAUCUUUGUAAAUGAACAGAGGAUAUAUGAUGUUAAUCUUAACAUUUUAAUGUGUAAAAUGACCAUUUCUUAAGGGGCAUUGGCAAUAAAUUAUGUUGCAUCUGUUUUUUCCAAGCUUUGUAAAUAUAUAUAUUUUUAUUUUAUGUGCAGCCUUCAAAUGACACUUUUUAAUUGUGUUCCCAUGAGUCUGCUGUUUCAAACUGUUUAUAUAUACAUAUGUAUAUACGGUGCUCGAAUAUGAAUGGCUGUGUUGAGCGUUUAUGCAGCAUAUAGAUGUAUUAUAAUAGCCUUUUAGAUAUGUAUGAUUGACACAUGGUGUACAGAAAUUGACCUGUUUCUGCAGUUGUCCAUCAGUGAAUGAUUGUGCAUGUGAUGUCUGUCGUUGCCUAGUUCUCUAAAUGGAAGGGAAAAAUUAACCACUACAAUAAGAUACUAUUGGACCAAACUAUUAAUGUGCUCUAACCCUUUCUUGUACCCUCAUACCUUGUCUUCAGAAGUUGCAUAUAGUUACAUUAGUGUACAAAUUAAAUAUUGUGAAAAUCAAUUAGUCUUGUAUUUUCUGUAUUGUGUAUAUUAUGUAACUGGCAACCUUGUGUAGCUGAAGAUCUGAAAAUCUUAUGUAGGUGUAAGAAUAGCAUUAAGAUGAAGUUGUGUUAAAAAAUAGCAGUGUGACUAUAAAUAUCCUGAAUAAAACAAUUCAGCUGUGUCUUCAAGGCUUGAUAGAAUAGCGUAGACAAUUAUAAUGUGGACAGUGUUAGAUCGUACCUUUUCGUUUUGAAAAUGAGAGGGUUAAAAUAAACAAAAAUGCUGUGAAACAAAGUAAAAAUUCCAUAGUCCCUUUAUUUAAAAUAUCUAGGAUGUCAUGAGAACAUUAAUGUUGAGUGACCUACUUAUGGAAGUGGUCAUACCACCAAUGGAUUCUGUCCUGUUAAAGGGAUGGUGUGGAAAAGGUGUAAUGCGUCCAACUUAUGGCAAGAAUUUGUUACAUGGAAGCUGUGGCUGCCUUAACAUAAACAAUGGUAUAAAUAUACAUAUAUAUGUAUUCGCUCAAACAUUGUUUUGGAGGUUUUUAUUGACAACAAUCGAGGUUACUAUAAAUAGGGGGGAAAAAUCACCAACAAUCUAAUAUGGAUUUCAUGUAAUACUAAGUCAUAUCUUGUCCUUCCACAUAUGAUAUUAUAGCCCCAAUAUAUUAGAGUGCAUUACAGUUUUACAAAGUGUAUAUGUAGCAGCAUGUUAAAGGAACACUAUAGGGUCAGGAAUACAAAUGUGUAUUCCUGACUCUAUAGGUUUAAAAGCACUAUUUUACUAUAGUAAAAACUCACCUUUUUUCCGCUUCCUUGACGGACAUCAGAAUUGAUGAUCUCAGCCAAUCACUAUAGGAAAGCAUUGGGAUGGCUGCAAUAGUUAAUUUUGAUGAUCUUAGCCAAACACCGCCCUAGCCAAUCAUCAUCUGCUCGUAGAGACCCAUUAAAUCAAUGCAUCUCUAUGAACGUCAGUAUUGCACAGUGUGCAGCACUGACCCAAGAAGCACCUCUAGUGACUGUCUGAGGAGUGGCCACUAGAGGUGUUCCUAGGCUGUAAUGUAAACACUGCCUUUUCUCUGAAAAUACAGUGUUUACAGCAAAAAGCCUGAAGGGACAGGCUAUCGACAUCAGAACUAGUACAAUAAGCUGUAGUUGUUCUGAUGAGUGUAGGGUCGCUUAACUGACAAAGUUAAUAGAACCAAGGGAUGAAGAGGAUCCUCCACCAAUAAAAUAUGUAAUAGCUAACUAUUAGAUGACUUCCUGCUUUUCUUAGAGAUUAAAGUUAUUUUAUAGUGUUGAGCGUUCAUCAAAUCAUCUGUGGUUCUUUCCCUAGUAGAUGGAAUUUCAUCUUCACAGCUGGAUGGAAAGUCGAGCAACAUUUCAUCUGUUUGUUGCAUUAAAGGUCAUUAGUGACUCUUGGCUUUUACACAACAAGAUUGUAGAACUCUCCUUACUUUGCUUGGAGCCUUUAAAUAGAAAUGUACUAUAUUGUUUUUGUGCUGUAAAAACAUAACCGCCAAGAACAGGACAACCAGCCAUAGAAACCAUCUAUGUCCUGUAAUUCCUUAAUUUAAUAUCUCCAGAAUAAUGUUAUCUGAUGCGAUUUUCCCAUGUCAGAUGAUUUUAUUGUUUUUACUCCUUGAAUGUCAGCUAUGCACAACACCUUGCUCUGUAAACAAUGUUUGGCAUACCUCUGGCACGUAGGGUUCUUACAUUUUAUUGGACUUGUGAUUAUGUAUCUCAUGGCAAAAAAAUUAAUUCUGUAUACUUGUGGUCAUAAUUUGUACAACAAAGAUAUUAGAAAAAAGGACUUUCAGGGAUUCUAGAUAGUACUGAAAAUGUAGCCUUCAGUGCUUGAAACAUAAUGCAGGUCACUCGGUAUCAGAUGGUUCAUUGAUUAUGAUGAAGUUCCUUGUAACUCAUGCUAUUAUUAUAAACACUUCUGCAACAGAAAACAUGGUGGGAUGUUCAUUUCCAGAGCCGCUGAGUGUGUACCAUAAAGAGGCAAACCAUCUGCGAUCUACAGGGUGUGUAUCUUCUGCCAUUCCAUCUCCAUGUACAAAUCCGCUGUAGCUGCUUUUAAAUUCUUCACAGAAGAUAAUGUUUAGGGUAGUUGGUCUUGAAAGCUGUGUGCAUUACUGGAUAUUCCGACCUAUGGAUUUGGAAAUGUAAAAAUGGACAGCUGCUCCUAAAGACUGUUAAUUUAUUUCACAGCAAAAAAGAUCUACGCAUUAAAGACGUAUGAAUGUGUGUUGAAUGAAAGAUAACUGUAUAGUACACGUGGUGGUUUACAUGACCUGCUAAUACUAAACCUGCUGUUGUAAAUUAAUUUGUAUUCUGCUUUUACAGUCUCCCACGAGUGAUGCUCAUUGUUCAUAAAUGUACAGUGUAGAGCUGUAGAGUUAAGUAUUGAUUGUUCACUAGAAUAUCUUGUAGAACAUGAAGUAAUCAAGACAGCAGUACGAACAAUGUCUGUAUUUGCAGCUUGUUAGAAUGAGCAGUUAAGCAAGUGGCAUCAGUGAGCUUCCAUGACUGACCAAAAUCACAAAUUUUAAUAAAAGUUAUACGUGAA